AAGUGCUCUGUGCUGUUGAUAAGGUAGUGGUGGUGACAACAGUUGGGGAACAAGAGGGAGGAGCAGGAGGGGGCAUCCCAGUAGUAUUUCUUUAGCAGGGGGGCUUGGAAGUCAUUCAGUCUCCUUGCAGUCUCACUCAGUCAGCUCCUGGUGAGCCAGCCUUAAGAUGCCAGAACCUGUAAAGAAACCAGGUAAGGACUUCAACUAGAGACAGGGAAAAAAUGAGCAUUGCCUUCCUCUUUGGGAGAGAGACUGCUAGGUGGAGCAGGUUUCCUCAUCAGGCAGUGAAACAUGAUGCCUUAGCAACAACUGUACUGAGGGGGAAACAAACAGGUGGCUUUCUUUUGAAGUAAGCGCAUAGAAGCCUAAUUCAAGGAUAAUUAAAUUAACUGGGAUUAGCUUCAUUUAAACAAACACAUAUCACCACCACACAAACAUCUAAUCAAGAAGGGCAAAAGUAAAAUAGUUUUCAUUUCCCAGUUCUUAGGUUCUCCUCAUCACCUUCAAGUUGGAGGAAGCAGGGUGUGGUACGUCUCUUGGAAGCUUUCUUUGAGGGGGAGAAAAGUGACUCCCAUUGUUGUUAUUUUUUCUCCAUGACUUUCUUUCAGGCAAAUGUAAGUUUACAGCUGAAUGAGAAAACGAGGCAUUUUUCUCUAUAAGAUUGGUUCUUGUCUGCCACUCUGAGAUCCCUAAAUAGUAAAUGCAUAUCUUUCCUCCUUUUUGAAAGGUGGUAUAGGGUCAGAAUAGAUUUUGUCACCAGAAAAGUCACUUUUAUAUCUUCUCUGAAAGGCUGGGUAGCACAGAGAAAGAAAACAAAAUUUAUGGUUGUAAAUAUUCAUCAUCUUUUAAUUGUCUACAACUGCAGCAUCUAAAUAAUUUUGGACUUUGUCCAGUGCUUUUUUUCUGGGGUGAUGCAGGGGUAAGCAUACCCCUAAACAUUUUGUGAAUCUAAGUUUGGUCUCAUUGAGGGGCAGCAUUGAAAUAUGAGUAGGAAAAUGAGAAUACCCCUAAACAUUUUUUUAAGUAAAAAAAGCACUGACCUUACCUAUAAGUAUUUAACAACUGCUGUUCUGAAAACAGUAUUCAUGCACUCUUCUCAAGUUCUGUCCCUGUAAUGUAAUGACUGGAGAAAGUGGCAUUCAUUGUUGCAUUUGAAAUGUUAUAUAUAAUUAAUUGUUUAAUGUUUGCCAGAAUAUAAAAGCUAGUGAAUAAGGCUAGUCUCUUUUUCAUUUCCAAGCAGUUGGUAAGCAGAGAAAGUACAGUCACCCAACAUCUGAUAUUUCCCUGAUUUAAAUUAGUUUUUUUUCCAUAUAGUGCUUCUGAAUAUUGCACUUUCUUGUGGGUCAUUCUGUCUGUCUAGCUAUACACAAAUACACACACACAUAAUACAGUGUUUGCUGUGUUAACAGGUUGUAUCCUUUUGCCUUGUUUGCAUGUAAGUGUGCUUGAAAUAUAUGAUUUGUGUGACUUAAGCUGCCUCACACAUGUUUUUAAAAGGUAUCUGAAAAAGGCUGUAUGCAUAUACAUAAAAGUGUGAUGUAUAAGUACAUAUGGGUAUGUAAAUCUGUUUAUUAUGAAUGGUUUUGUCAGAGGGCUGUGACUUACCAUAGUUCUUCACCAUGCACACUUGAUGGUGGAGAGCUUUGAUUGUAAUGGUCCUGUUCACACUUUGCAGUAAACUAGAGGUAGCCAAUAUGGUACCUUCCAGAUUUUGUGUACUACACAUCCUUGUGUACUACAUCAUCCUUGAAAUGUGUGUGCUGAGAAUUUACAGUCGCUUUCAUUUCUAUUCCCAGGGCUCUUGAAGGAGGAGCUUUUUUUCUUUUCCUUUUGAUCCCUCAGAUUGCACAAGGACCAAAAAAGCAGAAGCAAACCACAUUAAAACUUGUGUGCUGAGAAUUUACAGUUGCCUUACUGUAUGCUUUUGCACGCUUCCUGGAUGGGGUUUGUUUUUUUUAAGACAGUGUGUGCCUGCAAGCUAUCUGUGUGCAUGCCCAGUUGCAACUUAAUCAUCAUAAUUCAAUCAACAAAUUAGAAGGCAGGGUCAAACACAAAAUGUGAACAACUACUGGUGUGAACAGUGAAGACUGAAGCUGUUCCUUAUACAGUAUGUACAUUCAACUUGCAGAUAACUUAAACAAUAGGGAAAUAUAUCUGGGAUCCUAAGGGUAUUUAGUCUGCUGUCCUAAAAUCUGAAUCAAUUCCCAGUCUAUGGGAACUAUGUUAUUGCUUCUCUGAGUUUGACCUGUCAUGUUAUCCCAAGCAUUGUGGAACCAAAUGCUGAGCCUGUGUUUUGCAUGAGUAAGGUCUUCAGUUAAAAUGCUCUGUUAGCAAGUGAUGAGAAAUAUGUCUGCCAAGAGCUCUAGAGAACUAUUGCCAGUCAGAGCAGAUAGUCAUAAUCCAGAUGGAGAAAUAGUUGACCUUGGAUAAGACAUAUAUCUUCCUGUGUUCCUAAUCAACUUCCAAAACCAGAUCAUUUGGGUGAUCAGAUGCAGUAGAAGUGCUUCUUUCUGUAUCUUCAAAUGUUCUAAAAAAGAAGGAAGGUUUUGCAGCUGCACUUCUGCAGGAAUGAGACAAGCUGCACCUUUUGAAAAUUUUUCUUCUGCAUAACCAUUGAGGUGCAAGACAAGUCCUGCCAUUUGCUAUAUCAUGCUGGCAAAAGGACCAGCUCACUCCAAAUUUAUAAAUUUAUAUAUUUAUAAAUUAUAUAUAUAAUUAAAUAUUAUAUAUAUAUAUAUAUAUAUAUAUAAUAUAUAUAUAUAUAUAUAAUAUAUAUAUAUAUAUAUAAUAUAUAUAUAUAUAUAUAUAUAUAUAAAAUUUUAUAUAUAUAUGAACAGCCCUGUUUACGAACUAUUCAGUUUAUGAACUCUGCAAAACCGGAAGGUAGUGUUCUCCUCAGUCUAAGAGCAGAAUCCAAAUGAUGGAACUUUACCUCAGUCGAAGAGCAGAAUCCAAAUGGUGGAAGGACACCGGCGGCAGGAGGCCUCAUUAGGGAAAGCGCGCCUCAGUUUAAGAAUGGUUUUGGUUUAAGAACGGACUUCAGGAACGGAUUAAGUUCGUAAACCGAGGCACCACUCGUAUGUGUGUUUGUGUGUGUGUGUGUCUCCAGAGAACAUGGCUGCAUUCUAGUAUUUUUGUCCAUUGUCCUGUCUUUUCUCAGACCUGAUUUGGGGAGAAUUUUGUCUCCAAAUGCAGUUGGAAACCAGCCUGCCCACUUCAGCCUUGCCACUUGGGGCUUAUGCUAGGGCUGGCCCAGGAUGUUUUGCCACUGAGAAAAUGCCGACCCCCACCUCUACCAGCUGCUCCCCUGCCAAUUCUUUCCCUGCCACCAAUGAUUCUUCCCUGCCCCUUGCCGAUAACAACUUUUCCCCACCCCUACCCCCUCCUCCCGCUGCUGAUAGCUCUGCCACCACCAACUCCACAGCCUCCCUCCACCCAAAAACGAUGAGAAAAAGGAAACUGGGCAGGGAGCUGGUGGUGUUGGUGUCAGUGGCAGUGGGGAGGAGGAAGAAGAGGAAGCGGCAGGUGGCAUACCUCUUUAUACGAGUUGCUGUUGAGUACAAUUGCAAGACUGCUGUUGUGCUCAUAUCCUUCUUGUGGGCUUUGCAUAGACCUCUAGUUGGGCCCUUGUGAGAGCAGGAUGCUGGACCAGACAGGUCUCUGAACUGCAGGGCUCUUGUGUUCUCCUGUUGUUAUUGAUGGUGGUUUACCAUCUCUCUCUGGGCUCCCUGAUUGUAGUAAGGUUUUGCCACCUCAAGCAAAAUACAAUAUACAAUAAAGAUAAAGGGACCGCUGACCAUUAGGUCCAGUCGUGACCGACUCUGGGGUUGCGGCGCUCAUCUCGCUUUAUUGGCCGAGGGAGCUGGCGUACAGCUUCCGGGUCAUGUGGCCAGCAUGACUAAGCCACUUCUGGCAAACCAGAGCAGCGCACGUAAAUGCAGUUUACCUUCCCCCCGGAGCGGUACCUAUUGAUCUACUUGUACUUUGACGUGCUUUCGAACUGCUAGGUUGGCAGGAGCAGGGACCGAGCAACGGGAGCUCACCCCGUCGCGGGGAUUCAAACCGCUGACCUUCUGAUUGGCAAGUCCUAGGCUCUGUGGUUUAACCCACAGUGCCACCUGCGUCCCUACAAUAUACAAUAUCUCCUAUCAAAUAUUACCUCAGUCAUGCACACACUAUUUUCCAGGCUUCUAGUCUCAUCCCUGCACCUCUUUCUGCAAUAUAGGAUAAAAAGACUUAUCUAAUUGGUUGCAAUGAUUUCUGAAUUAAUGAAGUGCUCUGAAAUGAUUAUUAUAUAUUUUGUUAAUGUAUCUGUUAUCUUGGGAACAAUUACAGGGUCAAACAGGGAAGCGAUAAAAUGGAUUUUCCAAAUAUGGAAUCAUCUUAUAAAGUUUUGUGGGAAGAGCAGUGAUACGUAACAAAAUUUGAACUUUAGGCACUGUGAGUGGGUUUUCAAGAAGAAAACUGCUUUUGAUAAGUAAACGAGAGAGAGACUUGCAAACAGCAGUUGUGUUCACGUUUUUCAGAAAAACCUUUGCAUUCUCUGUAAUAAUUUCCAGUGUAGUAGAUAUGUGAGUUCCAUGGCACUUUUAAAGACUAUUGCACUAGUUUUAAGCUUUCAGAUUCUAGUCUAUAAAAGCUUAUGCAGUAAUACAUUUGUUGGCCUUUAACCUGCCGUAAGUCUCUUUGUGCUUUUUAAAUUCCUCUUGGAAUCUAAGUGAGGCAUAAUUAGAUUCACAGACUGGAAUGUUUUACUAGGUUUUCUUUUUGAAGAGCUUGAAGGUUAUGUAAUUCUUUAGUCAUACAUUAAGUAUUACUUGUUUUUAUCUGCAGAUUUAGAAGAACUGUAAAAAGGGAGGGGGAUAUAAAUAUAAUUAUUUUGCAUUAUUGCACCAGUGGCACAACAGAUGUACAGAACAAUUAUAUACACAAGGUUAUAAAGUAAGGCUGUGUGUGUGUGUGUCCAUCUUAUUGCUAGCCUUUUACUCAUGUUACUGGAAUUUACAGCCUCAGCUGCUGAAGGGGAAGAAGAAUGUAAGAUAGCGAGACUUGACAAGUUGGGAUCAAGGGGUAGCUAAGCCUAUAAGUGCAGAAAGUGCCUUUGCCUCUUUUCAGCUAAGGAAUUUAUAGUAACGUUAUAUAGCUCCAGAGCAAAACACUUAGACAAGUUCCUUCACUGACACAUUUGGAGCAUUCAAAUGUACAUGCCAAACUCAUGGGCAGUUAUUUUGUUGAUUGGAGGCAAAAAGGAAGAAAAUACUAUUAUCAUUUAUUUUCAUGUGUGCCAUGGCUGUGCUGGAAUUAACAGGAAGUAAAACUAAAUAAAGGAACAUGGAUUCUCACAUUCAAAAAUCUAAUCUUUGGAGGGGGGGAAUGCCUAUAUGAGCCUGAGUGAACUAAAGCCCAGAGCUUUGCCGGGGAUCAUCAAAUUAAGAAGGGCUGGAGGGAAACCCCUUUUCAAUGGGUGGAGUGGGGACCAUGACUCACCUAAAAUUUGGGGGGUCAAUAAUUGGACUACCUUACUUUUUUCUUCUUUAAUUCAAGUCUUGGCUAAGGGGAGAGCUAGCAGCCUUGAGUGGGUCCAAGGGCAAAAUUAUGCAGGACAAUCCAGUGACUGUAGUUUUUGGUGAGCCUGGGGCAGAGCCCAGUGAGAAAUCACCUAAGGUAUGCAGCCCCGGAGCCAAUCAGAGGGGGGCCAAAGGGGCAUUUGAUGCAGGGUUGCAAGCUCAAAGGGGGGGCCUGGAAUUAAGGCAUGUGUUAAUUUGUUGGCUUUUAAGAAGUUCUGGAACUAGUUUUUAUGCUCAUUGGAUGAAAUUGUGACACUCGCUCUCAGCUUAGAAAUGCAAAUUUAAGCAACCAAGAGGUGUGAUUUGGUAAAAUACACAAUUUUCUGGUUAAUUGAUCCAUAUUUUGUCAUAUCCUUAACACUGACUGUGACGUUGCAUGAAAUCAUUUUUUUUCUCAGUAAUUAGUAUGUUUGCGCAGCUAAGGCUAGAUUAUCAAUUGCGCAAUAAUUGGAAGUUAUCUAAACAUUUGAUUUAAGAUGGUAGCAGUCCAGGGGUUCGGGGACAGCAUGGCAUAACUGCCAUGGAAGAACUGGAGACAUCUGAGAAGACACAAAUUCUCAGUGUCCUUCUGGCUGGAAGCUGUACUAGUUUACCAGAGUACAACACGAAAGCUUUAUAGACAAGACACUUGACUAAUCAUUUGACAGCAACAUGUUGACAUGGCUAUACUUCAGGAAGAACUAUUAAGAAUUACCUUAAAUGGAAUGGGACUGGAUAUUACAAGAUGAUUCAGAGAAGGAGAUAUUAGAUAUCCAAGUUCAGGGAAGGAGACUAUUUUUAUUUGUUUGUAAAGCUGUGUCAUUUCAACAGAAUAGCUGAAGUGAUGUAUGAGAAGAACAAUGUGAGAUAACAUCAUGAUGAUAGAAAAACAUAAUGUGUGAAUCUUACCUGUGAGUUGCAGUGUGUUUCAACUCUACAGCAGCUUGAUUUUUUAAAAAAUAGCAUAUAAAUAGAAAACCUCCCUCUUGUGAACAGCCCUGCAGCACAGCAGGGAGUUCCUGACUGCAGCUGAAAAGAUGCCAUUUAAAAGUUGGAACUUUUACAGGCUGCAUUGUUGUCAAGCAGUUAACAUAUUUACAAAAGCUUUUGAGGCUAAUAGGAUGAGUGAUGAUGACUGGGCUUUGACAGAAAUAUUUCUCUAAAUCUUUUUAAACCCAAUGCUAUGGGGAAAGGAGCCAAAUGGUAGAUGUUUGUGCUUCCUGGUAAUCUUCCAAAAUGGCUUGACUCCCAAUUGUGCUAGAGAGACUGCGAAAAAGCUCCCUGGUGCAUAGCAGCACAGUACCAAUCACCACAUAUGCUUUGAUCUCCCUAUGAUCCUGCACCUCCUUUUUCUGUGUAUUAGCAUCUGUGAUAUGUGUAAAUUUCUGCAUAUCAUAUGAAUUUAAUGAGUAGUAAAAGAGCUACUUAAUAUCCAUUGGAAGGGGAUUUUAAAUAUUAAUAUCCAUGGUGCAAACACAAUGGAUCAACUUGUCUGGUGCUUUCACUCAGCCGCACAAAUAGAGUUCUGCCUUCUGGGGACUUGUUUUGUAUGAGUCUUCCCAGAUGUUUAAACAGCAAGAGCACAGGGUAGACUGACAGAUGCUGCUAGAUUGCAGCUCCAGCACUUUGUCAUGCGGGGUGAAUGGGAAUUGGAGUCUAAUAACACUUGUAAGUUCACAGGUUCCCAACCUUGGCUUAGCAAGACACUGAUCUUUGACUACUGGGCCAAAUGAAUGGGUGUGUAUCUAUCAUAGUGCUAGGAUUGCCAUAUGUCCAGAAUUUCCCUGGCAUAUCUGGAAUACCGCAGCCUCAAGCAGUGUCUGGGUGGAAAUCAGCGAAAAGCCCAGGAAGAUCUGGAUGUAUGGCAGUCCGUGUCGGCAGUGUCGUUUUUGCCAAUUUUCCUCAAAAACGCCCAAUUUCUUUGUGAUUUUGCAAUAAAAUCUCAACAUCUUUGGCCAGAACUAAAUAAAGCUCAACAACUUUUCUGUCCGGAUUUUCACUUUUUGAAAUAUGGCAGCAGACAGUGACUCAGGAACAGCCCUGCCAUUAGAGAGAAGGUGGCGGUUGCUACAAAUGCACUGCACCUUGUCCUCAUUUAAUAUUUUGCUAUAUCCUGUCCCCAGGGUGAUGGCAUUGCUAUGGAAAAGCAACCACACUCAUUAUCCCUAUUUCAGAGAUGUGCCCUAUAGUUUCAUUUAGUUUACAGCACUCAGUAAACUAGAAACAGAAAAUAAGUUUUAGAAAACUUGAAGCUCCAACAGAGGCAUCAUUGGCCAUGCUGUAGAUACUAGUGUAUUUUGUCCUGCUAUUGUCUCUAUCUAAACAUAUGAUAUAGGAUGGGGUUUUUUCAACCACUAUAAAGGCCUGCAACAUCUCUUUGUAGAUGAUGGUAGGGCAAAAUAAAUGUAUGGAUAUUCUGUGCAAAAUGUAUGGAUAUUCAAAGGCAGACCUGCUAGUGGAUAGAAUGGGGAGACCACCUCAGGCAGGUUAUUUGGGGUAUUAUGGAAGAACAGCAAAUUUAUAAUUUAUUGUAUUUUUAUUAUCAAAGAGGAGGAGAGGGGCUUGUGGGAUUUUCUGCCUCAGGCACGCCAUCAUGAUAACUUAAUCAGCCUUGGGUGCUAUGCACUUUGAUCUGGGAAAUGGGGUGUGCAAUUGCCUCUCCACCUCAGGGAGAAAAUGCCCUUGGCUUUCCCUGUGUCAAUCAAUCAGUCAGCCAUUUAUUAAAUUGCUUAAAAGCAAAGACCAACACAAAACCGUAAAAGAUCCAGUUGCCAGCUAGAUAAAAACAAAGGUGUCAGAACAAUAUACAAAUAUGUCCUGGGCAUAAGUAAGUUCCACUGGAACUUAGAAUCAAGUUGUGCAUGGUAGCAGGAUGAACUUUGGGUUAGCCCUACAGUCAAUAAAAUUAAUAUGAAAAUGUUAAUUUUUAGAAGGAAGUAUUUAUUUAAAACAUUAUCUCUUUCAUAGACAAACUAUUAUGGAAAAUAUAAACCAAUUCUCUCAAUAGGGCUUUGCCAGGAAUUAAUAGAGCUGCUCAAGCAAAAAAUAAACAGGAUUUGUAGAAGCUGGAAACAGUUUAGUGUGAAAUAGUGAUUUGAACAAAUACAAGUUGUGAAUGAGGAAUUCCACACAAAAAUGUGAUAAGGUAUUGGCAAGCAUAUGUCAAAAUGAUGUUAGCAAUUAAGCAUUUCUGUAUUGUGCUUUUAUGAGCAGUAAAUUUAAAAUUGUCAACAUUUCUAACUAGACUAAAUGAGAUGAAAUUCCCGCCAUAUAAAAAAAAUCUUAAAAACGCAACAAUCCCCCAAAGGAAGAUGUUUCAUGCCCAAGGUAUUCUUCUGAUUACUCACAGAUUAGUCUUAUUCUUUUUGUUAGCCAAUACAAAGAGGGGGUGGGGAGGGCAGAUCUGCAUGCAUUUGUCAGCCUUGCUGCGGAAAAUAAGCCUUUUCAUCUCCUCUUUAGCUUCUGCAUUCAUCAAGAAGCCAAAGACAACAGAUGUCGUCGCAGGAGGUGUUGCUGUUUUUGAAGCAGAGACAGAGAAGACAGGUAUCAAGGUGAAGUGGCAGCGAAAUGGAAUAGAAAUCGCUGCAAGUGACAAGUAUGUCAUCAAGUCAGAGGGGAACAAACACUCACUGACCAUCAAUAGUGUCGGAAAAGAGGAUGAUGUGACAUAUGCUGUCAUUGCCGGAAGUUCGAAGGUCAAAUUUGAACUCAAAGUCAAAGAACCAGGUAAAUGGGGUUCAAGAUGGUUCGUGGAUGCACACUGCCUCAUUGGAGACAUUAUGAUGGAGUGGUUAUUUCAUCAGGCCUUUCUCAAAAGCGUUUAAGACAUAAAUUAUUGAGCUAAUGGUACUCUCCUCACUGGGAAACUACUUUCUUGCUAACUGGAUAUAAUUUGCAAAUAAGGCCAUUAGUCCAAAUGGGAUAAAUUAUAAUGCAUGGUACCAGGGUUGUGGUUUUGUCUUGGACGUAAACUCAACAGUCAAGCAUUGUUUUACGGCCCUGACAAUACGUGAAUGACCCAGCACUCCACAGCAAUCUAUAUUGGUCUCUCUGCAGUCAAGGGCAUGAUUGAGACAUCAAUUUUAAGGGUGAAAGGCAUUUCAGUUUUCCCUGAGAAGCAACAAGCAAGAAUGCUGCCCCAGUUCACUUGCAGUUUUAUGCAGCUAAACCAUUCCGGACAACAACCCUAACGGGAACAGGUUUGAGAAAACAAUUGUACGAUGCACUCUUGUCUGGGUGUCUUGACAGAAACGAGGCAGCUAAUCUUUUUUUUCACUUUCAUCUUUUCUCUCAUUAUAUUCCUUCAAAGAUAUAAAGCCUUCUUCAGAAACUGAGUUGCUUAUGUUGCCAGUUGCAGGGCUUAACUGUUCUAAAAAGAGUCUACUUUGUUCAUUGCAAAGUUCAUGUAAGAGCAGGAAAGAAAACCCACAAAUAAUAAUAAUCUUGUGCUCUACAGCCACACUUCCCCCACUUUUAGCAUCAAGUGCUUUAGCUGCUCUAAUAUUUCCAAGUUUCUAACUUAUAUCAUUAAAGCCUUCUUAAAAUAAAAUUUCAAACCCUAAAAAGCAAAAAUGUAAGACUAGUUCUAUUGACAGAUGCAUAAAUGAUGCAAUUUUGCAUCAUUUGCUCAAAUUUUGCAUCAUCUGAGCAUGCAUUCUGCCCAAAAAGUAUGGAUUUAUUCAUUACUGAUUUGGAUCCUAUUGUGCACAUACCGUAGGAUCAUGCAUGUAACAUGAGACACCAUUUAAAAUAAUACACUAUACUUUGCUGAAAAGAACCAGGUUUUCAGCAUGUCCCUUAUUCAUUCUUAUUGUGAAACUGAAAUAAAACAUUUUUAUAUAUAGAAUAUAACAUGGGGCUUUUAAUUACUUUUCUUUGAUUCCCUUCCUUUCUAGAAAAGGUAGAAGAGACGCCUCCUCCUCCUGAACCUGCUCCUCAACCAGCUGUUUCAGAUGCACCUAAAGGAGCAGAUACUCCUCAGCCAACUAUCUCAAAUGAACCUACAGGUGAUAACAAAAGUUCAGAAGGUAAACAAGAUGUGAUGGUAGUAGUCUCUCUCUAGUUGGAAUAAUGGAAUAAUGAAAAUAAUAAAAUAAUAGGCUCAAUGGGAAAAGUAGGAACAGUUAAAAAUAGUAACUAGCAAGAGAAGAACAAUAAUGAACUUGUGAGCUACAUCCAGGGCUAUUUUUUUGGAAAAAGAGGUGCUGGAACUCACCACGAACACCUCCCUUGUUCUCUUAGAAUGGCAAUGGCGCCCACCUGAGAGGUGUCAGAACUGAGUUCCAGUGAGUUCCUUCUGGGGAAAAAGCCCUGGCUAUAUUAAAUGUACAAAUGGGCACCAGUUCAUAUAUUACUUCGUACAUGUGUUGAAUAAAUGUGUCUUUGUAACAAAGGGAAAAACAAAGACACUUGCAGCACUAUAUAUGUAUUACAUAAUGCAGGCCUGUGCAUACACUUCAACUGUCCCUAUUUACUGGUCCAAAUACAUUGUAAAUCACACACUGUUUUCCUUCUACAGGUAGGGGCAUAGGAAGCCAUCUUCUACAAAUAUAAGAAGGCAUUUUCUGUUCUGCCCUGGAUUUGCUGCAUGCAACUCUGUUUCCAUUCCAAAGCCAUAUAAUGGGUCUAUCAAACUCAUUUGACUAGCAACAGCUAGAGUUUCAGACAGGAGUCUUUCCCAGGCCUGCCUGGAGAUGCCAGGGAUUGACCCCAGAGCCUUUCAGUUGCAAAUAGGGAUGAUGGAGAAUCAGUCCAGCAAAUACGAUCAGUAUUUACUGUUGCUUUCAGUCCUCAAACAAUAUGUAAUCUACUUGCAUUGUGUUUUCUUUACAUUGAAAUGAAUGGAGUGCAAUAAUGUAACAAUGACAUAAUGUAUGUUACAUAAUUUUGUCACAACAGACAGCAAGAAAUAUAACAUAGAUUUUGGUAGAAGAUGAACUCCAGUGGAAUGGAAAUACAGUUGCAUGCAGCGAAUCCAUGGCAGAACAGAAGAUGCCUUCUUAUGUCCCUAAUUGCAAAGCAUGUGCUCUGGCACUGAGCUGUCACCCCACUCUAACCUGUCAAAACGUUAUCGGUACGCACAAAUGUGCACUCAAGUUGUCAUCUGUGGAAUUUUGGCCCCCUUCCCAUAGAAUUAAAAGCUGUCAGUGCAUUGUAGGAAAGGGGACCAUUUUGACAAGUCAACAUCUCGAGCACAGCUUGACCAAUUGUGUUGUUGCACCCCAAUCUCUGAACAGUUUGUGAUUCCAGGGGUUCCAGGCAGGGACGCAAACUUGCCCCCCACAUUUUGGGGGGCGCAUUAUGUGACAUCACAUGACACAGCGCAUGCUGUCAUGUGAUUCGUCCCGCCCAGUGGGACAUGCUGCGGGGAGGAGGAGCCGGCGCAGGGCUCUGCGCUCUGCCUCCUCACCACGGCAUGUGCCAGGGGGUGGGACACAUGGAGGGCAGGAUUUGUUGAAACAGAUUAGAAAUAGGCCUGCGAAGUGAGAGUUAAUGGAGCAGCUCAAAGGGAUAGCUCUAUACGUAGAAACAUAUACUGUGGACAGCUUGGAAGUAGCAUGAAAUAUCCACACUAUGAUCUGGAACACAUGAUACAAUGUAGUGGGCUGGUCCUAAAGACCGUGUAUCUCAGAUAUCAAAGGCCAGGGUCAUUCAUUCAGGGUCAUGAGCCAGUGUGGUGUAGUGGUUAAGAGCGGUAGUCUCGUAAUCUGGUGAACCGGGUUCGCGUCUCUGCUCCUCCACAUGCAGCUGCUGGGUGACCUUGGGCUAGUCACACUUCUCUGAAGUCUCUCAGCCCCACUCACCUCACAGAGUGUUUGUUGUGGGGGAGGAAGGGAAAGGAGAAUGUUAGUCGCUUUGAGACUCCUUAAAGGGAGCGAAAGGCGGGAUAUCAAAUCCAAACUCUUCUUCUUCAUUUGCUUUCCAGUUCUUCCUACAGAAGCCCAGCAAGAGGCACCUGUGGAUCCUAUUGGUGUCUUUGUGACUCGGCCACAAGAUGGAGAAGUGACUGUUGGUAAGUGCAUAACCUAGAGCUGGGAUGGGUGGAAAUGAUGCUUCUGCUGGCUGGCUGGCUGUCUCUCUCUCCAGUUGUUACACCUCAGAUCACACGUUCACCUUAAUAUAUUUCCUUCUCAAGGUGGGAACAUUACAUUCACUGCCAAAGUGGCAGGCGAAAGCCUCCUGAAGAAGCCUUCUGUGAAAUGGUUCAAGGGGAAGUGGAUGGACCUGGGAAGCAAAGUGGGGAAACACCUCCAGCUUCAUGAGAAUUAUGACCGAAAUAACAAGGUACAACUCACAGACUGACCCUUCCCUCUUUUUAUUUUUAGCAUACUUUUUUUGCUGUUUCAAGGCUAAAGAGAAUCUUUCCUCUGCUGUAGAAAUGCCAGGAGUUGCAUACACUAGCUAACCUACAUUCCUCUUGUGUCACAAAGUUUAUUAAAAGCUAUGCUUUCUAUUGGACAAAAACUGUGCAGAGUUAAACCGUGAAACUUGCUCACAGGAGACAGUGGUAGCCGUCAACUUGGAUGGCUUUAAAAGAAGAUUAGAUACACUGCCAAUCUAUAUGUUGCAAUCGUGAAAGUUUGGUGACUGGAAGGUUUGGAAAAGAAGAUGCAGAAGCAUUUUCAGUUUGGAGACGUGAGGAGGAAAGAGUGAAUGUGUAGGUAUUUUAUAGAUGAGAAUGAAGAAUCUUUGUUGGGCUUCUCAAAGACACAAUAGGAAUUCAGUGCUCUUGGCAGGCAGGCAGACACACAUGGAAUCGUGGAAUUACAGAGUUGUCAUCUAGUCAACCCCCUGCAAUGCAGGAGAUCUGAAUGCAAAAUGUCUUGUGUGAAAUGGUCCAUUUAUUUCUUUUUCUUCUUUUAAGAUUUAUGUCUUUGAAAUGCAAAUCAUUGAAGCAAAAAUGGCUUACGCAGGAGCAUACAGAUGUGAAGCAGCUACAAAGGACAAGUUUGAUAGCUGUAAUUUUAGCCUCGUUGUCAAUGGUAAGAUGACUUUUCAUAACGGCAGAGGUGCCUUGCAUUGCUGGAGUAGCUAUCCCUACUUUCUUCAUGGUGGUAAUAUUUCUGAGAUAAGCACUGAUUAGAAAAGCUACAUAAACUGGGAAGGGGUAUCACUGAGGCCACUUGGUAAAAAAGUAAGAAUGAGAUUUCUGGGUGGGCGAGCGAGAAAUGGUACAAUUAACUGUAGUUAAAGAUUUCCCCCACUUGUCAUUUGAGUUGCCAGACAUCCCCUGUUGUGGAGAUAUUUAAUAUUCAAAGGGUUGCCUUUAUUUUAAGCGAUACAUUUAAGAGCUUCCAUGAUCCUUCAAACUAGGAAUGGUGAAUCAGUCUUAUUCUGUUCCAUUUCACUUUUGAAUGCGUCAACAUAUAAGUCUGUUCCAUCCUGUUUCCACAUUAAAACUGCACAAUUUUUUUUAUUUAAAUACAUAUUUCUCAAUAAUAAUAAUAAUAAUAAUAAUAAUAAUAAUUAAUAAUUUAUUAUUUGUACCCCGCCCAUCUGGCUGGGUUUCCCCAGCCACUCUGGGCGGCUUCCAUAGAAACCAAAAGUACAGUAAAAUAUCACAGAUUAAAAACUUCCCUGAACAGGGCUGCCUUAAGAUGUCUUCUAAACAUCAGGUAGUUAUUUAUUGCUUUGACAUCUGAUGGGAGGGCGUUCCACACUCGCCACUACCGAGAAGGCCCUCUGCCUGGUUCCCUGUAGCUUUGCUUCUCGCAAUGAGGGAACCGCCAGAAGGCCCUCGGCGCUGGACCUCAGCGUCCGGGCAGAACGAUGGGGGUGGAGACGAUCCUUCAGGUAUACUCAACACUUAAAAAAGAAAGAAAAUAUGCAUUUUAAAAGAAAACAAAUAAAUGUUUCCUAUCUUUGCAACAGAUUUUAAGAAACAUAAUGAUGAAUAUCAUAAUGGAUUCAGUUAAGAGAACUGUUAAGUAUUUGAAUAUUAACUAGGCUAACCCUUGACAGGGUUUCUGGAUGAACUGUCUCUUCUGCAGUCUAAUUUAACAAACCUAUCUGAAAAAUCAAAGUCAAGUCUUGUUAGUGGUUGUGGUUUUUUAAUCUUGGCAAUCUUAAAACAAGCAAAUUGUUUUAAAACAAGCAAUCUUAAAAAAAAUGGAAAUUGGCUGCAAGCAAAUUGAAUGGAGAUGAAUUCUAUAUCUCCAUCUAGUCCUGGUCAGUCAAGUCAGCAAAAGUAAAAAUAUAUAUAUAUGUCAGAAUAUAAACCAUGGCUCUAUUUAGGUUCAGUUCUAAAGGAGGAAGUGCAAAGAAGGGAAAAUGAAUUUUACCGCACAUAGUGCUUCCCCACACAAGAUUUGAAAGAGUAAGUAGGACUGUGCUGGAAGCCUAUUUCUCUGACUCCCCUCAAAUACAGGAACUUGCAGUAUUUUUAGAUGACUAGUUUGACCAACAAUUUUACUCUAAAGGCAUUGUGCAGUUACCACUUUUAACGCAUCUCAGUUGCAAAAGUUUCUGUCGCUGAUUAAAAGGCAAAUGAAAUGUGUGCGCUGUUGUUUCAGCACCUUAGUACAAAACCAGAACAAUGAGAGCUAGGCUGUGGUCUAUUUACCUAUUGUGGGGGGGAAAUAAAGGCGCUGAUGAGAGGGCCAUGCAUACAGGAAGAAUCACAUUUAAACAGAUCAAAUAGGACACAAAAAUCACCUCUGGUAUGUUUAUCAUUAGAUAUGUUUAAAGCAUUUGACUAUGUGAAACCAAAGCAUUUAAUUGGAGUGGUUAAAAAAAAGGAUUUGGCCCUAAAUGUGUCAGAAUAUUGGAAAAUAUUUAUGGUAUUACAUCUGUGCAAAUAUCAUAGCCUUUAGGCAAAAUAGCAAAAAAAGCAAAAUAACUAAUACCAUCUUUGUAUACAUCUGUUAUAGAUGUUCAAUUUUGCUCUCAGCACAAUUUGAGAAGAUGGUGGGAACUGAAUUGGGGCUUAGAAAUUGAAGAAGAGGCAUGGAACAGACUGUGGACAAAAGUGCCAUACAAAACCAUAUUGGCAACCCCCAGAGAAAGAGUUCUUAAAAUUGUGUAUGGCUGGAAUUUAACACCUAGGUUUCUAGCCUAUAUAAAACCAAACAGUUCCCCAAUGUGCUGGAGAGGAUGUCCCACUAUUGGGGAAUAUCAACGCAUGUGGUAGGAGUGUCCAAAAAUUGAAAAAAAUCAGGAAAAAUGUAUUUACAGAAAUAAAUUUGAUUAUGGGCAGACAGUCCCCAUGACCCCAGGACUGGCUCAACUUGUCAUGAUAUGUUGCAAAUUAAAAACAAGGAACUUAUAUCUGUUAACCACUACAAGAACAAUUAUUAACCAUGGACAUAUGGUAUAUUGCAAAUUGGCAAACAAUAUUAUUAGAAGAAGUUGCAAGAGGCCAAAAGAAACAUGACGAUUUUAUGCAGUCUGCUAUUAUACAAAUAACCAGGCAUAUGGUAGAACAGUAUCCAUAGUUUGCAGCACAGUCUGGCAUGCAUGAAAUACUAUAUAAAACCAAACCAUUCUCCCACGUGUUGGUCGCCAGUCUAAGCAAUACAUGUCAUUAUAUAUCAUUUCAUAUCUGUAACAAUUUUGGCAAAUAUUUAUUAUUUAUUUAUUUAAUUUUUCAUAACAUCCUCCAUCCGAAGAUCUCAGGGCUGUUCACAGCACAAAAAUAGAAGAUAAAAAACACUAAAUGCGCACUAAAAACAAGAACAUAAACAAACCAAUAACCCACUUCAUCCCCUUUGGCACAACUUUGGUAAUAUAUCCUGAAACGUUUAUCUGAUUGUUUAUUUUUUUAUUUUUAUUUUAUGUAAUUGUUGCAGGUCAUAUGCUCUAAUGUAAACCAAGAUAUACCUUAGUGCAGGCAUGUCAAUCAGUUUAAAAAUGAAAAUUAAUAAAAACUAUGUUGCUAAAAGAAGAAAAAGAAGAAUGAGAACUAGAACAUAAGCAAAAUGGGGGUAUGAUUGCUCAGCUUUUCCCAGUGGGGACAGCUAGAAGAAAAGCAAGGAAAAAUCAAUGCCAGAACUAUAAAAGAGAAAGCCCCCAAGGCUGAAAUCUAUACACACUCAGCUGUGUAGUCCCAUUGCGGUUGUGAGUAGAGUAGACACCUAUAGGAAGGUGCUGUGGUGAACACAAAAACAUAAUUUAUUCAGCCUCCAAGUUAAUAACCAAAACGAAAGGUAUGAACAUGUUUUUUGAGGGGAAGAUUUUGAGAAUGUUUCAGGUGUGGCUGCUGGUGCCUUGGAUGCAAAUAUAUUUUCAUUACUACCAUUUUUCUUUUUGUAAUCUAUGUUGUUUCAGAGGCACCUGCAACAGGGGAGAUGGACUUCCGCUCAGCACUCCGACGAGGGUCAGUAUCAUCAGAAAUGUACCGGUCUAAUGUGAGUGAACACUUUGGGGGAAGUAAACAUGGUUGCUAAUAUCAAAUAUGUCCCACCUCUGUGUAAACACGAUCCAAUGGUAGUUUUAGACACAGGAAAGUGUUGCACAGAACUGGUGAUGCAUACAUAGUAACCACACAUCAAAGUCGUAGAAAACAGGUGAGGAUGUGCAACCCAUCUGCAUCACAAAAUGGAUAUGAAAAAUGUGCCCCCAUCCAAAUCAUGCAAGGCUGAUAGAGACUCCAUUGGCUAGGUCAGGGUAAACAAAAUUAGAUCAGAAUAUACUGGAGGAUUAGUAGGAGGCUGACAAGGGUUUAUGACUCCUCGUUGUUUAGUUCUCCAAGCUGUGACAACAAAAAGACACUUCUUUGCCCUUAAAUGGGCUGCUGAAAGAAAGAAAGAUUGGGAUAACCAGGACUUUUAUGUGAAAGGACUGUGAAUUCUGUCUCUUUAAAUUCCAUCCAUAUGCCUUUAACACCUAGCUCUGCUUAACUGAACUUGGGGUUGUGAGAAAUAAGGUUCUGAUCCCUUGCUAGCUCAGAGUCACAAUCUACUUGGAGACAAUUCCCACCACCCAGUUAAUUUGAAUAUUGCCUCGCGAUUAUUCACAGAAUAAAACUUCCUUUGCAAAUGUGCUGCUUUUAGAAUCCCUAGGUGUUUGUCUGUUGAAGUUGGGAAGAUGUUGAGUAAGAAAAUGCUGUUGGGACUAAGUGAAGUUGUGCCCAACUGAAUUCUGUGUUUUGUGACUCUCUUAUUCAGGAGCAUGGUGGGAGGAGGGAGACGGAUGACUGGAGCUUUCGCCAGGUAGCCACAUUUAAUCUGGUGUUCAGCCUCGGUCUUCAUGAUGAACUGUCGCUCAAUGGCCACGCUGCCUAAAUUUUGUGUGUAAAAACGAUCCAAAGGACUUAGUUGAUGGGUAGUAUAGAAAUGGGACACAGGUGGUGUUGUGGUCUAAACCACUGAGCCUCUUGGGCUUGUCGAUCAGAAAGUCAGCAGUUCGAAUCCCCGCGAUGGGAUGAGCUCCCAUUGCUUGGUCCCAGCUCCUGCCAACCUAGCAGUUCGAAAGUACGCCAAAAAGUGCAAGUAGAUGAAUAGGUACCACUCCGGCGGGAAGGUAAACGGCGUUUCCGUGCACUGCUCUGGUUUCAGUGUUCUGUUGCGCCAGAAGCGGCUUAGUCAUGCUGGCCACAUGACCCGGAAAAACUGUCUGUGGACAAAGGCCAGCUCCCUCAGCCUGUAAAGCGAGAUGAGCGCCGUAGCCCCAGAGUCGUUUGCGACUGGACUUAACUGUCAGGGGUCCUUUACCUUUAACUUUUAUAGAAAUUUAACACUGAUUAAUUAAAAUGCUUGUCCUUUGGAACACAUGCAUACCUUUAAUUCCACGAGCUAUACUGCUGAUUGGAGCCUUAGCAUAUAGUCCCUGAAUUAGUAUGGCUAUCACAAGCCAUGUAUUUAUUAAUUUAUCACAUUUGUUACUUGCUUUUUACAAAAUAAAAAGUCUCAAAGCGACUUAACAAGAUAAAAUACCACAGAUGGAACAAUUGGGAGAAGCGGCAGUGGCAUCCAUGAGAGACAGAUUCAUUCCUUGAAGAGAGUGUUCUGGACACGUAUGCCAUGAAAUAGUGCUUUCUUAGUGACUGCAUGAAUGCUUUUUGUAUUCACCUAUUUCUCUUGAAUAUGUAUGGAUUUCACCAUUCACAUCUUCACCACUACGACCCUGCAUUUUGAGAACUGCCACAGAAGCCCUGUUUUCCCCCCAGCAGAGUUCCAUUCUUUUUGUGAUUCUAGGUUGGUAUAAACUAGGAUAAGGGCUUUCUUAUCAGUUAGCUACAAUAAUGUAGAAUACUGUCCUUGGGAGUAAUGUUUGCCUUCAUCACUGGCAGCUUUUUGGAAACUGACACUUACCUGUUUCAUCUACCCUUUGAGGCUGAUAAACUGCUGAAUUUCAUUCUAGUUCAUUUAAUUUUUUUAAUUAAUUUAAUUUUUUGGUUUGGGCUAUUGUAUUAUUUUUCACUUUCCCCAUAGCAAUAUAUGGAUGCCCAAGGCAAGAACAACUCUGGGAUAGUUUAUAUGGGUAAGGUCUGAAACAAUAACGGAAGCAAAAUACUGUGGUUUUCCUGGACUAUAAUUUGAGUCAAACAGGCUUCUGUUUCCUCAAUUCUUCCUGCUCUCUCCUGUCAACACAGGAUGGCCUGUUGUAGGAAGUGUAACAUUUUGUGUGGAUGUGGUUCACUGCAUGCAAGAUCUUUCCUAUCCUGAAGGAUCAGAGAAAACAAGGCCUAACUGCAUUUUAGCCUGAACAAAAUAUGUACAUAAGUCACUUUUAGAGAGGUGGUACUCAUAUAAUGUGGGACGCGGGUGGCGCUGUGGGUAAAACCUCAGCGCCUAGGGCUUGCCGAUCGCAUGGUUGGCGGUUCGAAUCCCCGCGGCGGGGUGAGCUCCCGUCUUUCGGUCCCAGCUCCUGCCCACCUAGCAGUUCGAAAGCACCCCUAAGUGCAAGUAGAUAAAUAGGUACCGCUUUAUAGCGGGAAGGUAAACGGCGUUUCCGUGUGCUGCGCUGGUGCUGGCUCGCCAGAGCAGCUUCGUCACGCUGGCCACAUGACCCGGAAGUGUCUCCGGACAGCGCUGGCCCCCGGCCUCUUAAGUGAGAUGGGCGCACAACCCUAGAGUCGGACACGACUGGCCCGUACGGGCAGGGGUACCUUUACCUUACUCAUAUAAUCACAAAAUUCUAUGCUACUAAUGUUGGAUCAGCAGAAGUAUAUCACUUUUUUGUGUGGGGAGGGGUCUCUUAAAAUGCAUGUGACACUUAUCUGACUUUUAUCUUCAGCAUGAAGAUGCUUUAAUCUACAUCUUUGUGUGAACUUAUUGUUUCUGCUUUUACUGCAUUCUGUUUCUGUUCUGUUUAUUAUUAAUGCUACUUGCUAUACUGCACAGUGCGGAUGGACAUGAAGAAGGCAGAGAGUUGGAUUUCAGUGCCUUGCUGAGAAAGAGGUGAGCACGCUGCCAUCUGUAAAAUGAUGGUACAAAAGGCUAAAGGUCUAGAUUAGCCUUUCUCAGCCUUGGGACCCUAGAUGUUGUUGGGCUACAACUCCCAUCAUUCCUAGCCAGCAUGGCCAGCAGUCAGGGACAUUGGGAGUGUAGUCCAACAACAUCUAGGGACCCAAGUUGAGAGAGGCUGAUCUAGAGUAACUGUCUUUGUCAUUCUUACAUUUGCCUUCACGUGGUUGUACUAGGUCUCUCAAGCCUGUCAGCUGUGGCAAUUUGUAUGGUCUGUGAAAAUUACCUGACUAAUGUGAAGAGUCCCUGUUGCUCAUUGUGCAUGUGCUUAAUUAUUCAUAGAAUCAUAGAAUCAUAGAAUCAUAGAGUUGGAAGAGACCACAAGGGCCAUCGAGUCCAACCCCCUGCCAAGCAGGAAACACCAUCAGUUUGCGAAGAGAGAAGAAACGGAAGCUUUUUAGGACCAAAAGAAAAGUGAUCUCUCUUUUUUUGUGCACAGAGAACAAACAGGAGAAACGUCACUGCAUAAACUGUUUUACGGUCUCAUGUUGGGAGGAGGAAACAAGUUCCAGAAAUUAUUGAGCAACUGGUGGGGGUGGAGAGAAAGGAGAUGAGACUCAUAGUCUGUAACAAAGAAUUAUCAGCUUUGAUUAAGAUUUCUUUUUCAUUCUGACUCCUUAUAUAUAUUUUCAUUUUCUUUGUCUCCUCUUCCCUUACUCUUCUUUGUCUGCCUCUCUGUCUCUCUCUCUCUCUGCCUUAUAAUCUUCCUGUCUGUACUUUGCUGUCCUGUUGUGUCUUCCAUCUGGCAACAUAUCUUGGAAUUCUGAUGUCUGGAACAGAGAGUAAGAUUUUAUUUCUUUUUCUGUGUGAACUGCAUGGAACAGAGGAAGUUAAAAGGCUAUGGGGUUUGCAGAACGUACAAACCUCCCCUUUUUCUUUUCUUUUUGAAAACUUGGAACAUCAUAGGUUUCCCAUGACAUUAUUUUAAAAUCCAGUUAAUACAGAUGGAAAGCAGUUAGUUUACUUUCAUGAAUAUUCUAAUUAUCACUUUUGAAGCAAUUUUAAAAUUAGGACAGGAUUUUCAUUUAUUUUUCUCCCCAAGCUGUAGAAAUGCUGUUAUCCAGAACUUUGAGUUAUCUCAAUGCAUCUCCCCAGAGUGUUGGCCAUGUCAUUGCAACCCUGCAUAACGUCCAACCUUGUUCCUCUGCCUACUGGAUUAUGCAGACGUUUCUCAGGUCCCUUAACCAACUGAGGUGCUCCUAUUUCCCUACUGAAUUCCUCAUCAAAGGUGGAAAGAGUUUGCUGACCAUGUUUUUGGAUUCAAUGCAAUCCUAAAACAUCCCCAAUGAAGUAAAUUGAUUUAAAAUAAUAUUUAUCAGUGACAUAGCGUCUUCCCUGUGACCAGAUCCCAUGCUGAUCCAGUGGUGUUUUGACUGGAUCUUAGUUCAGAUGUGCUGAUUUAAGAGACGUGUGGUCAUAGUAUAAGCCAAAGGACCAGAAAUUGACGCCAGUUUCUGUUUAAUAUGAAACUUUGUCUUUCAUUUUAUUAUUUUGAUACAGUGGUCAUACAGGUCUCGAUAUUUUAGCAUCUCCAUCCUAUUAUUCAAGCAUAUCUCACCAAGGAAUAAAUUGGUGUGAUUCUAAAAUUGAUUGAAAAGUUAAUUUAUUAUGUUAAAGUUUCAAAUCCUUGUGCUGAUAGAACUGCUUACUUAGUAGUACUCACUACGCUGACUAUAACUCUAUAUCCUGAGAUUAAUAAUAUGCUGAACAGCGCCUUCCAUCUGAUAGCACAUAAUUGACUCACAGUUAGAGAGAGAAUCAUUUCAAAACUUGGAGGAAUUCUACAUGACUGGUGUAUAGCCUAGUUCUCGUUUAUCUAGGACCAAAGAAGAAGUGACACCAUUCACACAAUUAGUAUUAUAUUAUAUUAGCAAGUAGUGUGGUCUCAAUCCAGACUGAAAUGCAGACAGAGGAAUAGGGUGGCUUUAACCUUUUGUUCCCUGCAUUCCGUCCAAUGCAAAUAGCAGACCUGGGGGCCCCCUAUGCCCUCCCACUUGAGUUCCAAGCUAGAUUGGGUGCCCUCUGCCAGCCAUUCACCAUAAAAAAAUAUUCAUGCAACUGCUAAUUCUGUGAACGAUGACAUGUCUGGUUUGGUCCUUAGAAGUAAUCAGCAGGACUUAUUUCUGGUUUAUUGUGCUUAAUUUCCCAGCCUUUGUUAACUAGCCAUUACUGUGAAUUAUUUAAUUCAGAAGAUGAAGGUUUCCGUUUUAAUACUUGCGGCAGCAGAGUAUCAGAAGGCUUUCCUGGAUUUAUAUUCCAUUCUAGUGGUGUUGCAGGAAAUGUGCAGUGUUUCUUCAAAGGAUAGAAAUGCAAGUAGACAGAGGAAAUCCAUGAUAAAGAACCCCCCUAGGUGCAGGAUAUGUCCUGCAGUUGUCACAACCAUGGAUCUCUCACAAGUUAAUCAGCAAGUGACGCUGUUCCUGGAGCUCCUGCUGGAAAGGGUAAAACUUUAUUCAUAUUGUUCCAGAGUGUGGACCUCUAUUUAAUGGCAGAAUCGUUUAGAUGACAUUGACACAGAAGUGCCAUAGGCCAGAAAGAGGUUGGGAGGAAAGGGAACAGUUGUCACUCUGCUUUGACAUGGGAUGGUGAAGGGAGACCUUGAAGGAGGUAACAGCUGAGAGGUCUGAAUCAGUCUAAGGUAAUAGGAUAGGAAAGGCCCAUCGCUGGAGUGUAUGCAACUAUUUUUAACUCUCCCGCAUAUGUUUAGAACACAUUGACAGCUUACUUUGUGUGGAACAGGUUCUGUCUAAAACACCUCAAUUGCACCAAGUUCAUGGGUAAACUGUGGUGUUCUCACUGCAUCUAAUACCCCUCCUUCCCAAUAUAGAGUGACUAGUUGGAGCCAGUGUGGGAAGGCUAGUGUUUCAAAGAAAUCCUGUGUUCCAACAUAAACCCGUGCUAGUGCAAAUUCUUCUUGUGACCCCCAACUCCAUAUCUCCACUUGUAGCGCAGACAAAGUCAAGUCAGGCACAGGACAAUCUGGGUGGACUGUGCAGGUCAAAUGUGCUUCGGAGUAGAUCUGGUGUACAAUCAGCCCAUUUAUUUGUAAAAGUCAUGCAAGCUCUAACUGUUACUAACAGAAAGCGGUGGAAGAAUCGGCAGGAGGCUAAAGCUAGUGGUAUCUUUUGCUUAUUACUUGCCCUGUUAGAGCUUACCAAUUGCUCCGUCUUCCGUUCUGUUCCCUUUGUUUGUGUGGCAAGCUGAUCUGCAUGACAUUAGCCCUCUUCAUGCUGGCAUCAUAAAUUCUCCAUAUAUACUAAUAUAAUGGACUCUAUCUGCCUGAUCAGGGGCCCUGCCUUCUGCAUGGUUCCCAAUCUCAUGGACACAGCCUUGAUGUAUACAAAUUGACUCUACAUAGGAUUUCAUACAUACCUUCAUCUGAACGCAUGGAGGUUGGGGGCACAGACAGUGAGUACAGUCUGUUGUCUCCUUCAUGCACGAAGAGCCAUAUAAUCACUUGGUAUGCCAUUAGGAUAGAUACCCUGAAAAAUAUCUGCAGUCUAUGACUCCCCAAGUGUUUCAUUUCUUUCCACCAAAACAAAUUGUCAGGGAUAGCUGGACAGGAGUUGAAAUGGAAAUGUCGAUCUAGCAUUGCAAGCUAGUUAGAUUCUUGUUUUAAUCAGAUUUUCUCUGUCUUUACAAACCAAGUUCACUGAUUGUAGGCUGAGCAAAGUCAUAAACCCUACUGCAUAAAUUGUGCUGUGACUGGUCCAUUGAUGUGCAUUAUAAUUAAAAAAGAAACCUCUUCCUAGGAGCUUCUGCUACAUUUAUGCUUGUUCUUGGCUAUGCGAGACCACUUGAGUAGUACGCUUUCCAAAAUCGGAAAUGAAAAAAUGAAAGACUACAUAUACAUGAUAUAUUCCCAUUACCCUAAAUGAGGCCUGUUUCCAACAAAGCUGUACCUCACGUGGUCCCUCUAGGUUGGUAUAAAUGUAGGGCCGUGAACACACUAUACCUUUAAAGCAGGCACCCCCAAACUCAGCCCUUCAGAUGUUUUGGGACUACAACUCCCUUCAUCCCUAGCUAACAGGACCAGUGGUCAGGGGUGAUGGGAAUUGUAGUCCCAAAACAUCUGGAGGGCCGAGUUUAGGGGUGCCUGCUUUAAAGCAUAUUCUUUUUCUCAAAGAAUUCUUGGAACUGUGGUUUACCCCUCACAGAAUUACAAUUCCCAGCAGCUCUUAAUAAACUAUGGUGCCUAGAAUUCUCUGAGGGUCAAAUGCAUUUAAAUGUCCUUUAGAGGUGUAGUAUGUACACAACCUAAGACUUAUGUAGAACUGGAUUGUUUAAUGUGUGCUGUGGCUUCUUUACCAUCAUUUUUCAUUAUAGUAAAUCCUUAGUCCUUACCAACAAAGGGCUGCCUUCUUCUAGUAAUGGCGCUAAUGCUAACACAUGUUGCCCUCUUUCUUGCUCAUGGGGAUGCUGCAUGCUCAUCCAAAUGCUUCUCUGCAUCGUUCUCAAGUCCAGCAGCUUCUUGCGCUCAGUACAGCGGUAAGCUUUCCAUUCCCUCGUCUCUGCUAACUGUUAAUCAAUCUCUUACAUGACUGCUGUUUUUGUUAAUAAAUAUAUUCACAAAAAGAAUUUAAGCAGAUUCAUGUGCCUAGAAGAUGCCUAAACUGGUAGGUAACCUGUUUAAGUGAAUUAUCAGCCCAGGGGGUCCAAAGUUGCUGUCUUCCCAUCUAGUUUCUUCCAUUCUAUUGUUUUUAAAAUCUGUACAAGGUUGAUAAAUGCCUAAGCUUCAUUUUGAAGAGAAAUACACUUUCUACUCACAAGACAGAAAAACCAGUUUAUUUAUUUAUGAUACUUAUAUUCCCCUCCAUCAUCAUUAAACAAAUGAGCUCCUAUAUAAUUAAGAAUUGUAAGUCAAGGGAGCUUUCUCACUCAAAACUCACACCCUAAAGCCACACAGAAAACUCGCCUGUUGCCUAACAUCAUGGUCUCCAUGACCCCUGUUGCAAGGUAAAGGAGACUGGUAUUGUUGUUAAGGAAUUGAUUUAGGAACUUGAAAAUAAGGGUCCGGUCAUUGACUCUGACACAUUAUCUGAUCUUCAUCAAGGCAUUUAGACUUUCUAUGCCUUAAGCACCUCACUAACAAUGAGUCCCCUAAACUGACAGGUAUUUUAUUAUAAAUAGGAAUUUAUGCAGUAGAGACACAAUCUAACAGGCAGGCUAUUUGAAGUCCCUUAUGAGAAAAUGUUCUAUACGCCCCUUUUCUACAGAAUUGAGGCAAAAACUGAAGCACAGCCAGAUGUUGAUGUGUGGGAAAUCCUCCGGAAUGCGCCUGCAUCAGAAUAUGAGAAAAUUGCUUUCCAGUAUGGUAUCACAGAUCUGCGAGGUAUGUUGAAGCGUCUCAAGCGCAUGAAGAAGGAGGAGAAGAAAAGCACAGGUAAGAGAACAUGAUUGCUUCUCUUCUUUUUUCCUUCAUGGCAAAGACCUCUUUUUAGGGGGGAAAUACAAUGUAUGAAGCAGCUUUCAGACUCUUCCAUGGGGGGGGGGAAUGAAAGACCAUUUCACAUGUAUGUGUCAGUUCCCAUGCUUCAAUUUACUAUCAAGAAAAGAACAGUAGGUUCUAGAGAAUUAGAAAUGAGGAACUAAGAUGAGAAAGGUAGCCAUUAAAAGGAAGUAUACGAAAUUAAGAGAUAAUAGUGGGUGCUUCUGGCAAGUCUUGUGGAAGAAUGCAGCUUCAGCAGAAGAAAUGGAAUAAGGGAAGAGAGUCAUGGUUUACCAUAAUCCAAUAAUGAUUUGAAGAUAUUAAUUAGCUGAGAACAUAGGUAACUCUCAUUAAAACACAUAAAGCAGAAAGUUGGGAAGUGGACAUUAUAAUUAAGCCUCUGCCCAGUUACUAGGGGUGGGUGAACCUGUCAAUGUUGGUUUCUCUCAAUUUCUCAUUUUUCCAAUCUUAAGUUCAGUUCUCCUUAUUUCUACAUCAGCUUCUGAUUGGUUUUUUUAAGUUCUCGUGAAAAUUCACCAGCAUUUUAGUGCAAAUUUUAGUGCAAAUAUAACAUAUUUGGGGGGCAAUUUUGCAUAAUAAUCAUAUUUUAGCAAAGCAAUUUAUCCUAAUAUACUGCAUUUUUGUAUGUUAUUUUCACCAAAAUACACAAUUUGUGCAUCUUUUACCCUACUUUAUGUAUUUUUGUACACAUCAGUGCCUGGAGAACUGCACUGCAACAUUUGGAGAAUGUUAAUGGGUGGGUUUCAGUUCACAUGUUUUUAUAGAAAAUGUGAAUCAAAUACAUUUGCCUUUAUAUUUGAACUGAAUCAAAUUCCUCCCCCAUCCCUACCAGUCACUGUUCAUUAGCUUUAAACUAAGAUAGUACUGUGCUAAAUUGUUGUGUGGACAAGCCCUAAAAUAUAGGAAGAUGAAAAGGGUAUUACAGGUCUCCUAGUCCAUUUUCCCCACUCAUAAUUACAAUGCACAAUUAGCAGUAUUUGAAGAAUCGUAGAAUUGUAGAGUUGGAAGAGACCACAAGGGUCAUCUAGACCAACCCCCUGCAAUGCAGGAAUCUUUAGCCCAGUGUAGGGCUUGAACCCAUAAACCUGAGAUUAAGAGUCUCAUGCUCUACUGACUGAGCUAACCCCUGUGGGCAGAGUUUGAUUACAUAAACUGUUUCUUUCCCAGCCUUUGCCAAGAGACUGGAACCUGCCUACCAGACUGACAAAGGACAAAAGAUCAAAUUAAUGGUGGAACUUGCUAACCCAGAUGAUGAAGUGAAAUGGCUGAAGAAUGGGCAAGAGAUCCAAGUCAGCGGCGGGUAUUUAAAAAAAGCAAUAAAUACUAAUGGGAAAGUGUGGGCUGUGGAAGUUCAAGUCAUUAUCAGAAGGGGGAGAAGAAGAAAAAUAGGGUCUAUCAGAAAGAAAAGUGGAGAGAAUAAUGAAGGGUCAAUGUAGUGGAAAUAAUUGGAUGGGAGGAUGUUGAAUUAAUAAGCAGAUUUUUAAUGACUGUCUGAUUUUAUUUCCCCCUCUUUCAAUCUCUGCACCUGGAACUGAACCCAAUCACUGGUCUGUCUCUUAGCAAGUAAGUUCUCAUGUCAUGCUUUCCCAUUUGUGAUUCAGUUAAUUUGCCUUUCUUUACGAUAUCCUGGCAAAGUUGUUAUACAAUAAGCCCAUUAUCAACAUCAGUGUUGUUUGGUCCAUAAUGUUCCUUUAUGCAUGUCCCAAGGGAUAAAUUACUUCUGUUGGAGCUCUGUGUGCCUUCAGGAAGGCAAAGGGAGGAAGGGAUAAGGUGCGUCUUCCCACUUAACCACACCAGGAUGGGGGCAUCUAGUCAAAAACUCUGCUUUAUGUCAUGAUAGAAGACAGGGUGAUGAAGAUUUAGGAACUCCUUCUCUUUUGAUACCUUUGAAUUCUCUUUGCAUUUCACCAGAUACAUUUUUGAGGCUCUUGGGAACAAGAGGAUUCUGACCAUCAACCACUGCUCACUGGCUGAUGAUGCAGCAUAUCAGUGUGUGAUUGGAGAGGAGAAGACUUUCACAGAACUCUUUGUCAGAGGUAAGCAUAAUUCAUAACCACCAUUUUAUUGGGAUCAGAGAAGGGUCCAGCAAAUUGGUCUGUAGCAGAUUUUGAGGGGUGUGUAGGGGUAGGAGAGGAAAUGGAAGUCCUGUUGUGCCAGUGGAGCCCAACAUUUUCAUUUGAAGGGACUCAGACACUUAACUGCUUCUUCCCUUCCACCUUCCCAUUCUCUUUCUUUUGAGACUUUAUUCUGGUUUACGCCAGAAUUUUCUACAUUUUAGUUUUAAGGGAGGAUUUAGGCAGUCUUAGGUUACGAAGAACAGUCAAGUGUGCCAAAGUUCUGAUUUAUAGCUACAAAGAAAUGAAGGGAAAUGGUUUAUGUAAGAAAGUCAGUUAUGUAAUUUGGCAUCUCUGCCAAAUUGGAAAGAACUCUGGGAGUGUAAGGAUCUGCUAUUCAUAUAGCUACAGCUGACCAUCAGCUGGGAAAGAUGGAUGAGAGUUCCAAGGGUUUUUGCUUUCCUCUGCAUUCCUCUCUCUCUGAAAUUAGGUUUCCUCCCCAUUUCUAGAGCCUCCUGUCUUGAUUACUCAUUCUCUGGAAGACCAGGUGGUCAUGGUUGGUGAAAGAGUGGAGUUUGAAAUUGAAGUGUCAGAAGAAGGGGCUACUGUGAAGUGGUAAGGAGCUGGGAAGUAAUGGGGGUUCCUACUUCCUGAAUGACUAAGAAACGAGAACAAUUGCCCUCCAGAGUCCUAGGGGCUCAAAACUAUCACACAAGUGCCCAUCACCCCUCUUGCAUGAACAAAGAGAGAAGACAGAACAGGCAAUAAGCAGAGGAAGGGGUCCCAAGGCCAGAAAGAUAUUUUAACUGACACUCACAUUCCAUUUUAAAGAUAGGUCUAAAAGCUGCCGUGGUUUUCUAAGAAGAUCUACAAGUAGGAAAGAAAACAUAACACAUUUGAAGUGUGGUGCAAGGAUUUAUUUAUUUGCCUUAAGUUACUUAGUUAAGGGGGUGCUAAUGUCUUUGGGUCAGUGGGCACAUUUUGAAUUUUGAGAAGGGCCCCAGUCACAAAAUGGAUGCCAUUGCGUAACACAAAAUGGCUGCCCAAAGCAGAAAAAGACAGAUGACCAUGAAGUGGAGUGGGCAUGCUCUACCCUCAGUGCCCCUUCCUAAAUCAAUCUGGAAAAGCACUAAAAAUCAGCCACACCCAUGCUCACUCACCGAGAGAAUCUCUUAGCACCAGUUUGGUGUCUGAGAGAAGGACUUGUUGGUUGUGGGACCCAAUAAGUAAAAUGACUUCCCAAGAGAGGUCUGCUUAGCCUGUUCUGUUUGCUUUUAAGCAUGGAGUGAAGAUUUGGGGUCUUUUCAGAAUCUUGAUUUUGUUGAGUAUUUUGCAGUUUCCCAGGCUUUUUUUUUUAAUACCUAAGAUGGGUUUUUUAACUGCUGUUGCUUUGUUGUUUUGUUGGUAUUGCUUAUAUGUAAGCCACCUUGUGCACUCUCAUUAAAAUACAGGGUUUAAAUUCAUCACCAUUAUCUGCAUAGCAAGCUAAUCUGCACCUUCUUUUAUUGUUUUAAAAAAGCUUAAAUACAGCUUUUUGUUCAUAAAAAAAAAUCAAAGCAGUUCACAAGGCACAAUACAAAAUUCAGUGAAGCAGAAAACAACCAUUAAAAUCAAGUAAAUGUACUGCAGUGGAAACCCCACCCCAACAACCCCCAUCAUUGCCUUACAACUGAUGUGUGGUGCCAUGUGGCUGUUCUAAUGUGUCAACCAGCCCUUCCUGAGGAAAAGGGCAAGAGGGUCUCCUUGUUACACAAAAGAAGCUGACCAAACUGGCACUUGAGUCUUACUUGAACAUUGGCAACGGGACAGUGUCCUCCACUGAACUUGAGGACAGCUUGGAGCCGGGAGCAGGGCAGGUUCUUUGCCCUAGACAGUUCUAUUUGCAACACUUGCUCACCUCUCUACAUGAUAACUGCUUACUGCCUGAUCAAACAAAUACCGCAAUGCAUCAAAAGUGGCACCAGAAUCUGUCAUGGCAGCAGAGUGACAUACGCAUGCACACACACACACAACACACACACACACACUCUUACAGGGUGCGUGCUGGAGAAAGUGGACAGGGCUGGCUCCCUCUCUGCCUGCUUGCUUAGUCUGUUUUCAUUUCUUUUAUGAAUUUGUUUAGAAAGAUUUACAAACCGCUUAACUCACAAAGCUGUGAUAAAACGCAGCCAAAACGAAGCCCACAAAACUGUUUAGAACAAAUAUACAUAAGGUAAUUGUUAAUAAAAACACAGAUGGAAUCAGUAAAACUUUUGAAACAAGCAUAGAUAACUAAAUUCUGCAGUAUAUCUGGGUAGGCUUGCUGAAAUAAAAAUAGUUUUCAACUGACAUCUAAAACAAUAUAGCCUCACAAGUUAGCCAGCGAGUCAGUCCAGGCCAUUAACAAGCAAGCAUUACUAAAUUAUUUAUUUAUUUAUUUACCCCACCCAUCUGGCUGGAUUUCCCCAGCCACUCUGGGCAGCUUCCAACAGAAUAUUAAAAACACAAUAAAACAUCAAACAUUAAAAACUUCCCUAAACAGGGUUGCCUUCAGAUAUAUUCUAAGAGUCAGAUAGUUGUUUAUUUCCUUGACAUCUGUCGGGAGGGUGUUCCACAGGGCGGGCGCCACUGCCAAGUAGGCCCUCUGCCUGGUUCCCCGUAACCUCAUUUCUCGCAGUGAGGGAACCGCCAGAAGGCCCUCAGAGCUGGACCUCAGUGUCUGGGCUGAACAAUGGGGGUGGAGAUGGUCCUACAACCAAGGUGUGGACCUAGGAGGGCAGAAACAACCAGGGAGAAGCAUCUGCUGAGCCCCACUACCCCCUGUCUGUGGCCACUGUCUUACUUUGCCUAAUAAUAGGGCCAACCCAGAGUGCAAGACCAAAACUGCUAGCUGUUCCUGCAAUACUUAUAGGAUUCAUCAAACUUAAGUGUUAUCAUCUGUUCUUUUUUUGGGGGGGUGGAGAUAAACAGGCCCAUGCAACUGGUGACUGUGUGUACAUUACAUGUGUGAAAAUGUAGCACAGAUGUACAUUUGUUGUUUGGUGUUCAUAUAAGGAUGUCUGGAGAUAUCAUACUGUGUGGGGUGUGUGGGUGUAUAUGGGUAUGGGAGUAUCUAAUCCUUCCCAAAACAUAUUGCAGCUGCCACUAUCUGAUCCUGUGGCUCAUGGCUGCUCCCUGAAAUAUAAAUACUCAUUAUAGAGUAUUGAUAGCUGUGGAAUGGGCAGCAGACAAGGGUAGAAGUGCAGCUGUCCCAGCUUUAAAUGGAGUCAAAGCCAGAGGAAGAACUCUCAAAUUUUCACCAAACCUCUAAAAUAGUUCAGGGUCUAACAUCAUUCUUCAUCAUUUCAAGAGUACCAGAAAUGAAUCCUUGUUGGCGUCAAACAUGAAAUCAACAUGGAGAAAAUAUUUUUCCCUUUCUGAAAAGGAAAAUCAAAACCAUAAAAUUAUUACAAGAGUGAAUAUUCAGUCAUAUAUAAUGUUUGUGUGCUAUAUAUUAUUGUAACCUGGGACCCUAUGUGGAGGGCGAAUAAUAAAUUGAAGAAAUAAUAAUAAUAAUAAUAAUAAUAAUAAUAAUAAUAAUAAACAAUUAGCCCUAUGACUGCUACAUUCAAAUUUCAUCCGCAUGGAAGGUUUUUCUUUCCAUACCACAUAUCUUGGAAUAAACUUGUGCUGAUUUUACAUAUGAAGAAGCAGGGAGACAUCUGGUUUCACUAGAAUCACACAGGGAAGCUAAGACAGCAUUUUGAUGAGCAUGCCUGCACAAAAGUACCAAAAAAUGUCUCCAAUCCUGUCCGCCCAACCUGAGGCUAGAUGUGCAGGUUCACAGGUGCAUCCACUACUUCUGAUAAUCCCUCAAAGAUCAUGGGUAACAUACCCAUGGACCAUGAACUUGUGCUAUAUGAACAGGAGCCGACUGCCCUGUUGCUGAGCAUUACGGCGGGGUGUAACAAUAUUUCAUACCUGUAGGGAGAAGGACGGAGUGGAGCUGACCCGGGAAGAAGCAUUCAAAUACCGGUUCAAAAAGGAUGGAAAAAAGCAUUACCUCAUCAUUAAUGAAUCCACCAAGGAGGAUAAUGGGCAUUACAAAGCAAAGACUAAUGGUGGGGAAUCUGUUGCUGAAUUGAUCGUGCAAGGUGAGAUACGACUUAUAAUACAAAAGGAACUUUUUUAUAAUGUACGGCGGCUGGUAAACCACUUUGUGGCCGGGAAACGGCCGAUAGCUAGAUGGCUAAUUGUAGGACAGCUAAUUGUGCAGGCCUUCAAAGCAUAUUAUGGGGAUUGUUAGGCCCAUGUGCCGGAUGUAAUAGAUAUCCUGAUAACAACAGGUGCUUGCUUAUCAAGUCCUGUUAAAGUCCCACGUGCUCUGGAUGUCUCUUCCUAUUUCACCUUUCCCAAAACAGUUCCUUUAGCCUCUUCUUUUUGUAAAAGACACAUCCACAGCUUCGGUGCUUGGUUGACCUCUGACCUUCUGGUGUUUGUGUUGCUCCAUCCGCAAAAUUCGUGAUCUCAGAGAAGAAGCUGGAGGUGUACCAAAGUAUUGCAGACCUGACGGUGAAGGCAAGGGACCAGGCUGUGUUCAAGUGUGAGGUUUCUGACGAGAAUGUGAAAGGCAUCUGGCUGAAAAAUGGGAAGGAGGUGAUUCCAAAUGAGCGGACUAAAAUCUCUCAUAUUGGCAGGUAAGUCGUGCUUCAGAAAAUUAAGCCAGGGUGCUGUAAGUUGCUUGAGUAACAAGCUGCUAAUAGUAAUAGAAGUAGCAAUAAUAAAUUGGUGGUGUUAGUAGUAGUACUUUCCUUCGGGUGGAGAGAAUAUGUGAUAAGAUGGUAUGUGGUGAGAGAGAGCAGUUGUAUACAACCCAAUAUUAUAUACUAAUUUUACUCAGAGGGAGAAUGCAACCUUCCCUCUGAAUGGUAAGGAGAUAUCUGGGAAUGCCUUUGUAUUGUGCUUUGUGGGUGUUUAAAUUGACGUGAGGAGUGUGUGUGUAUUAGUUUGGAAGAGUUGUACAAAGGGUGUGGUUAUGUUACAGUGAAUGAUUCACGAAUCUCUGGGAACAGAUCUUUCUCCAGUUUUCAGACAAGCCCCUGUGAAGGCUGACGAUUUUUGCAUUCCGGUCACUGUGGCAUUUGUGGUAAUACAAUUGCCCAUAAUGUAUACUGGAAAUGGCUGCUACUUUAUGAAAUGCCCUCAAACAUAUAGUAAUAUACCUAGAGCUCAACCAAGCCCAUUGCAGUCCAUAGAAGGAUGGAUUCUCCUAUUCUGUGACAUGUAUGUGCAGACAGUAUGCAAGGUUGUUAUAGGGAAUGGGAGGUGUGUCUACAGUUCUCAAGUUUUUCUCCUUCAACUUGGCCAAGAAAAGUGAAUUCCUUCACUAAGCAGAGCAUAGAGGGAGACACAAGUGUGCUGAAGGCACACUCAGACACUUCCUAUUCCCUACCAUGACCUGUAAUGAUUCAGCACAGUGUUUGUGUAUGGAUAUCAUGGAGGAGGAGUGAACUUAGGCUUUUCGUACGCCUUAUAAGGAUCUCUUUGAGCACAGGUGCCGCACCUGCAGUUCACGGGAUUGAAACACUAGUCAAGUUGAUUUGAAUGAAGUGACAUCUUAAUAAAGUUUGUGAUAUAGGUUCCACACUAUUUAUACUUAUUUAUUAUAAUAUAGAAUAUGCAUACGUAUAUAUCCAUGUGCCAUUCUUUCUUACCUAUCCAUCUACUCUGGGGAUGGGAUUUGUCCUGUACAGAGGUGAGUGGACCCAAACAAAGCUUGUAUUUUGUAUUUUUGCAAUAUCAGAAUCCAUAAACUAACCAUUGAUGAUGUAACUCCAGAAGACGAAGCUGAUUAUUCUUUUAUACCCGAAGGAUUUGCAUAUAAUCUCUCAGCCCAUCUUCGUUUCUUGGGUAAGUGUUCUGGAAUCUAAUUUCUGUUCUUGGUGGGAAUGUUCACUUUGUGUGAAGAUGAAACAGGAGAUUCCCACUUGGUGAUGCCUGAGCUUCAAAGCACCUUAGUACUGCGCAUCUCUGUGUGUCCACUGUGGCAGUAAGGGUGAAAUAAGGUUAUUCUGUACCCUAAUAGGGAUAUCUCCAAACAUGGGCAUUAGGCCUAUGGUGGGCUGGAUCAAUCCAAAUGCUAUUAUUUAAAAUGUCAGCCCACUUUUUGACUGAUUUUUUUAAUCCCUCUAAUUGCCUUAUGUAGCACUACAGGAACUCUGUGAAUAAAUAUCUUAUACCUUAAUAGAGAAAGUUAUGAAAAGAAUUGUGGUAUUGACCAAAGUAUGGGAAGGUCAACACUGGAUGCCACAAUUAAACUAAAAUUAAAUAUAUAGAGAAAAGCGCACACAACAAUAAUGAGUAGCUUCCACUUUCAUAUAGUUUUGGCUGUGAACCAGCAGAAUUAGGUGCAAUUAAGCCUAUUGAUCUCAGUGGAAUUUAUGUGCACAUAACUGUGCAUUGGAUUAUCACCAUGGUGUAAAGGUUGUUUCUGAAUUUAGUUCAUAGAAACAAUUCCAGCAUUAUAAACUGUUGUUUCCUAGAAGCUAAUUCUAAAACCCAUAAGAGGAAAAUCUAUCCUUGUUUUGAUAAUAAUAGGCAGGGGCAUUCUUCCAGGAGGAUAUAGCUCAGGGGUCAGCAACCCGCGGCUCCGGAGCCGCAUGUGGCUCUUUUACACCUUUGCCGCGGCUCCGGGGCGGAUACUAGCGAGGGGAGGAGGCGCAUUGUGUGCCCCGACACUCCCCACUGUGGCGGGCGCUGUACUGGCUGUGACGUCGCAUGGGGGCGGUGUGUGCGUUAGUCACGCACUGUCCCAACGUCACCUUCCCGCCCGCUUUCAGAUCGGAGGGCAGCGGCGCGCAUGCAAUGGUUUUGCGGCUCCCAGGUUUUUUUUCUUCGGAAACGGGUCCAAGUGGCUCUUUUUGUCUUAAAGGUUGCAGACCCCUGAUAUAGCUCAUCUGCAAGAAAGUCUUACUCCAAGCCAGCAAUCUCUUCUGAAUAGCUUUGGUACUGUUUUUGGUGUAGAGGACCAGUCUUUGUACAGUCUUCUACUCCAAUAAAUGGAGAGCCUCAAGUCUGCAGGUGCUCAAUGUGUGCAUUUACCUUCCCAUUAUUUUAUGGCAAGUCAUAGGACAAACAGUACUGUGCUAGCAAUUUAUUUCAGCGUUUAUAUGGAAAAUCCAUUAUAGCUUCUGCUCUCAUUCAUUUUUAUAGGUACUGUUCAGUUUCAUUCCCAUUUGGCAGAUAUAUAUGCUCAAAAUAUAAAGGGUUUUUAAUUGUUGAUCAUUGUGUCAUUGGUGCUGCCUAAACUCCCCCGCCCCCAAAUAGUACAAACCAUAUCCAUUAACCUCAUCUAUAGGACUGUUUGAAAGGAUGUGGAUUCUACUGUUCAGGAUAAGCCUUGGUCCACCCACACAUUAGGGGCAUGUGGAAAAAUUUGUCUGUUUUGGUUUCUUUCCAUUUCUUAUUUUUCCAGUCUUAAAUCCUCCACAUUUCCACAGCAGUGUGCCCAUUUAAUAAAUCCUCAUGAAAAUUUAGUAGCAUUUUUAGUACAAUUUCCCCCCAACACCUUGGUAUACAGUUUUGACUCAGAUACACAUUUUUGCAAGCAAUUUUCCCCUAAUGUAUAUUACUUCAUGGAUUUAUACAUUUAAUGCAUUUUUUCCUCCAGUACAUUCACCAGACUUUUAGAAGACAUCUGAAGGCAGACCUGCUUAGGGAAGCUUUUAAUGUUUGGUGCAUUACUAUAUUUUAAUAUUUUGUUGGAAGCUGCCCAGAGUGGCUGGGGAAGCCCAGCCAGAUGGGCGGGGUAUAAACAACAACAACAACAACAUAGUAUUAUUAUUAUUAUUAUUAUUAUUAUUAUUAUUAUUAUUAUUAUUUGGGUGGAAAGCUGCUCUACAAAAUUCAGAGAUAUGUGAAUUUCAAAUGAUAAAAUGUGUUUUGGGUUAUGUAUAGUUGUGAAUUAGUUUCUCAUUAAAAUAUCAAAGAAAGAAAGAAAGAAAGAAAGAAAGAAAGAAAGAAAGAAAGAAAGAAUUUAUCCCACAGCCCUGUUCUAGACCCUGGCCUGCAGUUUGGACUAGCAGUGACCAGAAAAGGAAUAGGCAUGAUCCUCAAGUAUGCUGAGUGUCAAGUGUGUGCAAGUCCACACCUAAUACGAAAUAAAAAACAAGAAGUGCCUCCAUCCAACUGAGCAAAUGGAGAAACAGCUGUUCAAAUUAAAAAUGAAAACUCUUUUUAUGAAAGAAACAUGAGUCAGAUGGAAUUCCAGUAGAGGUCUUGAAGCCAAUGGUUGGAGAAGGGUGGUGGCUAUCUAAUGUCUCAAGAAUUUCAUUGUAAAAAAGGAGAAGGUGCCAGAUGGAGAAGCAUUAGGACAGAUGGUCAUGGCUAUGGAAAUGUGCAGGUCACUUCUGACCAUUCCUAAACCUUGCUGUACUGGCAAGUACAUGCCUUAGAUAUAGCAUACUGUGCGUCUGCAUUGAUGCAACACCACAAAGCCUGAAAUAGAAAUCUGGGCUACCUGAGCCAAUGGAAAAGAUCUCUUUGAGCAAUCAGCAUUGUUUCACAAAAUGCUUUCUUUCCCAUGGAAUUUUUUUUUUUUUUUGAAAAUAAUAUUUAUUACUUUUCCAACAUUUAAACACUACAAAAAAAAUUGAACAAUACAAUACAAUACAAUACAAAAACACUACAUAACACUAACACAUUAAACUAACAAAACAAAACAAAAACAGUUUAAAACACAUCAAACAAUUUCAGUAUCUUAUCUUUCAUUCACUUACUUCAAUGACCUCCUCACACCUCCCUUUUUGUAUUCCACUUCUAUUAAUUGUUUCAGCAAUUCCUUUCCAUCUUCCUCUGCUUUCUAUCCUAUAAUUAUCUUAACACAUUCUAACCUUAUUUUUCCCUUUAAUACUCUAUUAAUCUAUUUAUACUUAAUUCCUUAUAACAUUUCUACUAAAGCCAUAUAAGUUCAUUCCAACAUUUUUUCUAACAUUCAUUAAUUUUACAAUAUUUCUGUAAAUAGUCCUUAAACUUUUUCCAGUCUUCUUCCACCGACUCUUCUCCCUGGUUUCGGAUUCUGCCAGUCAUUUCCGCCAAUUCCAUAUAGUCCAUCAACUUCAUCUGCCAUUCUUCCCGGGUGGGUAAAUCUUGUGUCUUCCAAUACUUCACGAUAAGUAUUCUUGCUGCUGUUGUUGCAUACAUAAAAAAAGUUCUAUCCUUCUUUGGCACCAAUUGGCCAACCAUGCCCAGGAGAAAGGCCUCUGGUUUCUUCAGUAAGGUAUAUUUAAAUACCUUUUUCAUUUCGUUAUAAAUCAUCUCCCAGAAUGUCUUAAUCCUUGGGCAUGUCCACCAAAGGUGAAAGAAUGUACCUUCAGUCUCAUUACAUUUCCAACAUUUAUUAUCGGGCAAAUGGUAAAUUUUUGCAAGCUUGACUGGUGUCAUGUACCACCUAUAAAUCAUUUUCAUUAAAUUUUCUCUUAGGGCAUUACAUUCCGUGAAUUUCAUACCUGUGGUCCAUAACUGUUCCCAGUCAGCCAUCAUUAUGUUAUGUCCAACAUCUUGUGCCCAUUUAAUCAUAGCUGAUUUUACCAUUUCAUCCUGAGUGUUCCAUUUCAACAGCAAGUUAUACAUUCUUGACAAAUUCUUGAUUUUUGGAUCUAACAAUUCUGUUUCCAAUUUUGAUUUUUCCACCUGGAAACCAACUUUUUUGUCCAGAUUCUAUGCCUCCAUUAUUUGAUAAUAAUGGAGCCAAUCUCGUGCUUUGUUUUUCAAUUUUUCAAAGCUCUGCAAUUUUAUUCUGUCUCCAUCUUGUUCCAGAAUUUCCCAAUAUUUCUGCCAUUUGGCCUCCAUAUUGAGUUUUUUCUGUGCCUUCGCUUCCAUUGGUAACAACCAUCUUGGGGUUUUCUUUUCUAACAAAUCCUUAUAUCUUAUCCAAACAUUAAACAAUGCUUUUCUAACAAUAUGAUUUUUAAACGCUUUGUGUGCUUUUACCUUAUCGUACCACAAAUAUGCAUGCCAGCCAAAUGCAUUAUUGAAGCCUUCUAAAUCCAACACGUCAGUGCUUUCAAGAAGCAGCCAUUCUCUCAGCCAGCAAAAAGCAGCUGAUUCAUAAUAAAGUUUAAGGUCUGUCAGGGCAAAUCCACCUCUUUCUUUGGCAUCAGCUAAUAUCUUAAAUUUUAUUCGAGGCUUCUUGCCCUGCCAAACAAUUCUGGAAAUAUCUUUCUGCCACUUGUCCAUCUUAUCCAAAAUUUUCAAUGUUUGAAACAAAAACAACAUCCUUGGCAGCACAUUCAUUUUUAUCACAGCAAUUCGGCCUAACAAUGAUAACCUCAAAUUUGUCCAUAUUUCUAAAUCCUUUUUCACUUCAAUCCAACAUUUUUCAUAAUUAUCCUUAAAUAAAUUCACAUUUUUGGCAGUCAUGUUAACCCCUAAAUAUUUCACUUUCUUGACCAAUGUUAGUCCUGUCUCCUCCUGAAACUUCUCUCUCUCAUUCACAGUUAAGUUUUUCUCUAAAACCUUAGUUUUCAUCUUGUUCAACUUAAAACCUGCUACCUGUCCGAAUUCUUGAAUCAGUUCCAAUACCCUUUUAGUACUAGAUUCUGGCUCCUGUAAAGUCAAUACUAAGUUGUCAGCAAAUGCUUUCAGUUUGUACUGUUUAGCUCUCACUUGUAUACCUUUAACCUCUUGGUCCUUUCUAAUCAUAUUUAACAAAACCUUAAGGACCGAUAUAAAGAGCAAUGGAGAAAUUGGGCAACCUUGUCAUGUCUCUUUCUCAAUCUUAAACUCUUCUGUCACUACAUUGUUCACAAUUUUGCCUUUUGUUCUGAAUAAAUUGCACCUAUACCAUUUUCAAAACCUUGACCUACCCCAUCCCCUGUAGAUUCUUCUUCAUAAAGCUCCAAGAAAUGUUGUCAAAGGCUUUCUCUGCGUCCACCAAUAUCAAGACAGCCUUAGUAUUGAUAUUCACUUGAAGUUUUUCUAGAAUAUUAAUUAUAUUCCUCAUGUUGUCAGACAAAUGUCUGCCCGGGAGAAACCUCGCUUGGUCUUUAUGAAUUUCUUCUACUAACACCUUUUUUAAUCUUUUAGCCAAAAUAUCUGCAAAAAUUUUGUAAUCCACAUUAAGCAGCGAUAUGGGGCGGUAGUUCUUGAGCUGUGUCUUUUCAGUCUCUGUUUUCGGUAUAAGUGUAAUAUAAGCUUCCUUCCAUGACUCUGGUGCCUUUCUCCCUUCCAAUAUUUCAUUGCAGACUUCCUUCAAUGGUUGUAUUAACCAUUCUUUCAAAGAUCUGUAGUAUCUUGAAGUCAAACCAUCUGGUCCUGGAGAUUUACUUAAUUGCAUGUUCUGGAUGGCCCCUUCUACCUCCUGAUCCGUUAUUUUGUAAUUUAACAUUAGCUGUUUUUCCUGAGAGAUUUUGUGCAAUCCAUUUAUUUUCAAAAAUCGAUCAAUGUCCAUUUCUUUCUGCUUCUCCUGUGUAUAAAGUUGUUUGAAAUACCUCUGGAAACACUUCCUGAUCUCCACUGGGUUCUGUAUAUUCUUUCCUUCCACUUCCAAAUUCGUAAUAGUAUUGAGUUUUUGUCUUUUUAUCAUUUGCCAGGCCAACAAUUUUCCACACUUAUUUGCCGAUUCAAAUGUCUUUUGCCUCAUCUGUUUAAUCUUCCAUUCUAUUUCCUGAUUCAUCAGCUUCAUAUAUUGUACUUGGUAUAACUUUAUCUCUUUCAGAAUCUCCUGCGACUUUGGUUUUGCUCUCAGUUUCUUCUCUCCUUCCUUUAUCUUCCCCAGGAUUUUAUCCUUUUUUUCAUUCUGAGUUCUCUUCUUAAUUGCAUUCUGUUGUAUUAGGGAUCCUCUCAUAACCGCUUUGCUUGCUCUUUUUUCCACUGUAGUAUUCAUGUUUAUCUCGAAAUAAUCUCUUAGAGUUUUUUGGGCCUUCUUGGUCACCUCUUCAUUCCUGAACAAAGUAUCGUUCAUCCUCCAUCUAAAGGAACCAAUUGGCAUCAAUUUCAUUUCCAUCUUCACCGCAUUAUGGUCAGAACAAGUUUUGGGGCAAAUCUCCACUUUGCUGAUCUUCGGAACCAAUCCCCUGGUUACCCAGAUUUGGUCAAUUCUUGUCCAUGUCAUUUUAGCCUCAGAGAAGAAAGUUCCCUCUCUUCCCAGAGGGUUCUCCAUUCUCCAAAUGUCAACUAAGUCCAUAUUUUCAGUCAUGUCAAAAAAGGUUUUUGGUAGUCUACCAUCUUUGGUGACUACCUGUCUCUGUGCCUUGUCCAUAUUUGUAGACACCACUCCAUUCAUAUCUCCCAUCAAUAUCAUAUUAUAGUCCAUGUAAUCCAUCAGAGUCUCAUGUAGCUUCUUAAAGAACUCCGAUUUUCCUUCAUUUGGUGCAUAAAUACCUACAAUCAAGAAUUUCUCUCCUUGUGAUUGAAUUUCAAUUGCAACAAAUCUUCCUUGAUCAUCUUUGAAUAUGAAUUUCGGUGAUAGGCUCUCCUUUGCACAAAGGACCACUCCUCUUUUUUUUAACUUUAUCUGAUGAAAUAAAUUCUUGGCCCAGUCUUUUAUUACUCAAUAUCUUCCUGUGUAGCCUUAUCACAUGUGUUUCUUGUAAACAAAUCAAGUCCAAAUGUUCUUUUUUCAAUAAAUGAAAGACUCUCCGCCUUUUUUCUGGAGAAUUUAAUCCAUUCACAUUCCAGCUAGAAACCUGCAACGCCAUCAUGUAAUUACGCUGAUGUUCCUCCAACUACACCCAAUGCUUGCUCUUCUUCUGUUGGUGGUAAUGGUGACACGUUCACUGGGAGAUCCAAUACAAAGGAUAAUGCUGAUUAUCAGCAUUAUCCUUUCCCAUGGAAAUUUAUGACAGUGUGCUAACUCCUGCAUACUUGCCUAUAAGCUAGUUGAUGUGAAUUAAUUGUCUGAGGGGAAGGGAUUGAUAUAAACUAUGACAGAUGGUUUGAUAUAUGGAGAAUCCAGACUAAGGAUAAACAUUUGGAGUAGUUAAUUUUUUGAUCUCUCUCAGCUCCAUGGAUCUAGGAUUCUGUGUUAUGCACAUUGAACAAAUGACAUGGUUAAGUUAGCAGCAACAGAAAUGCAAAUUGGUGAAUAAAUUAAAUUGGGGAGACAAAUCUGAGGAGCUUGGAUACAGAGAAAGUCAGGAGUGUGUGAGAGUGUUGUUUAUAGAAACAGGGUCAUACGGGAUGAUAGAAGAAGGCACAAUAUCAAGUGAAAGGCUGAAUAUGAGAGAGGUAGCACUAGCAAAAGAAAAGAAGCCAGAACUGAAGAAGGUAGAAUUCUGGAUGGUACAACUGCAAAUUGCAGUUGGGAAAGUUAUAUUUUUGAAUGCUUCUUUGUAUUUUUUUUAAAAAAAGCUUUUAAGGGGCGGGGUAGCCUAGGCCUCUCCUUGCUUAUGUAUAUGGGGAAGCACUCAAAAAUAUUCCUGUCUGCAGUCCUAUGUAAAAAAUGUAGCUCAGCUCUUAUUUACAGCACAGUUCAGACAAAGUUAAGCACUUUUGUCCUUUUAAUUUCAACAGGAGAGCUGAACAUGUGCUUAAAUUUCUCCCAUUGAAAUUAAAUUAAUGUGUCUUCAGUGCUUGACUUUGGUGAGAUUGUACCCUCACAUAAGAAAAUUAUUUGUGUUUGGUAAAGAUUCAUAAGUUAACUCAAUAAAUAAAGUUAACCCCCUCCACCUAUCAGGAACCGGAUCCUAGCCUGCUUUGGCCAAUGAGGAUGCAGGAUGGGACUUGGGCUAUGCCAGGGGAUGGAGCCGGCAGAGUGGGUAGGUUUCCCUCAGAUCCCUUGCCCAUUUAAGCAGCCCACAUCUGGGGCACUAGCUGUUCUCAGUUGGCAGUUGGGCAUUGGGGAAAUCCUUUAUUUUGGAUGGAGGGGAGGCUGUAAUCUCCGCUUGCCCCUCCAAACACUGGGGUAUCCCCUUAAAGGGAUCGGGGGGGGGGAGUGCCUGUGGCCGCAUGCUGAGGCAGGGCCAGGCCCAAAAGCAAACCCCCAGACAAUGGUCCCUGUGUGGGUCACCCUAUUUGAUGUAAGUCUUAGGAACCUCCACCUGGAUUGACCACACAUCACUUCCAGCGGGUGAGCCGGAAAAAUUUAGAUGGCCCCAUGUCCAAGCCAAACCUCUUUCAUCUGUAUUCAAUAAAGUUGUGUCCUGUUUUGACCCCAAGCCAGUCUUAUUGGUCUCUUAUUUAUAUGGGUUGGAGUAUGGGGAACCCGACACCUGGUCCCACAACAAGCAUGCAGCUCUGGUGGUGAAAGGCAUGUGACAGGAUAGUGUAUGAACUGUUUCAGCAGAUAGAAAAUAUGAAAUCCCAAGUAUUGGCAAAGUACAGUCAUUUGUUGUCAUAAAGGCACCAGAAUUUCUAAGAUGAAUCGCUUUGGGGCAAAAAUUAAGGACAACGUUCCUUACAUUGUAUCCUGAUUUUCUUACCUGCUUCUCCUAGUGUUGACAGCUUUACAUCAUGAGAGGUUAUUGUUUAUGCAUUUUGAAAAUGAGCCUAUGAAUGGUCCAUUUUCACAUCCAACAGAGGAACUGACUUGGGGGUGCAGUUCUAAAGAUAUGUUGUUGUUGAUUUUACUGUGUUUUAUUGUGAUUUUAUGGCUCUGAUGAUGGUUUAUUAUUGAUUGAUUUAAUUUGUGUUAGCCACUCUUCUCCUGAGUGGAGGAAAGGGUGGGAUAUAAAAAUAAUAGAUUAUAAAAUAAAAACUUUCAGAUACAUUUUAUCCUUUUUCUUUCUUUUCCAGAGGUUAAGAUUGACUUUGUGCCUAGACACGGUAAGGGCAAUAUGUUCCAUUCACAAGUCAAUGAAAUGGGAGAAAGGCAAAAUAAAAUUGAAUCUUUGAGUAAUCCUCAGUAAUGCUAGAAAAUUCUUCUUUGCCUUUAUGCUUUUGCUGCAGAACCUCCCAAAAUCCGCCUGGACUGCAUGGGCCAGUCUCCUGACACCAUAAUUGUGGUGGCUGGAAACAAGUUGAGACUUGAUGUACCCAUAUCAGGAGAUCCAGUACCCACAGUGAUCUGGCAGAAAGUAAACAAGGUAAAAAUGUCACCGUGUCCAAGAUGGUUCAGCUCAAGCACGUAUGUUCUUAUUCCUUAUUUUAUUUCAGAAUCAAAGCUGGAUUAAUAAAAUAAAAAGAAAUAGUUACUUAAAAAGAUAUUGACUUUAAUGUGUGUUCUAAAAUAAUAUAUAUAUAACAUUUACCAUUCCAAGUAAGCACUUUAAAAAAAGGCAACCUCAAAAUGGUCAAAGCAGCUUCAGUUCUGAGUUUGUUGAGGAUAGCAGUCCAAGCAACAAGGUCAAGUCCCCUUGUGAUAGUGGAUGUGUUCCCACAUUUAUGUUCAUUGCACUUAUCUCCCAUCUGAUGAACACGUGGAAAUGCUACUGUUUAUGUUUUGAUCAUUUAUCAUGGAUCAUUGCUUCUUGUGACUAAUCCAAACAGUUACUCAACAAUGGAAGAUCAAUCUAUGAGGGAAUGAUCAUAUAUAUAUCCUUCCUUCCUUCCUUCCUUCCUUCCUUCCUUCCUUCCUUUUGAGUCAGGCCAUUGAUCCAUCCCAAUGUUUGCUCUCCAGGGUUUCAGACAGGGGUUUCUCCCAGCCCUACCCAGUGAAGUCAGAGAUUGAACACGAAGUCUUUUGCAUGCAGAGCACAGCCCUUCCUCUGGGGUUUCACUGCGUAUAGAAAUCUUUAGAAUCCCAUUUCUUCUUGUGGGACCAUUUCCUUUUUUGAAGCAUCUUGGCAGCAGUUCUGCUAGACUUUUCCGUAUAGAGCUCAUCUGAAGAACAAGGAUGCUGCGAGCUUCGAUUGCUUGUGUGAAUUUAUAAAAUGCAGAAGACUUGCCCUCAAUGAGACUUGGAAGGAGAUUUAGGACUAUAAAGUAAAACACCCAGCAUUAUGUGUUUGGAAAAACUGCAGGAAGUUCAAAGGAAUAUUCUGGACCACAGAGUAAUGGGAGAAAAUGGAAUGGAAUCUCCUAAGAUUCUGAAGGCCCUCUCAUUUUUUAACAUUUCUAUUUGUGUAGUGCAAGGCUGACCUCUUGUGGCACUUAUUACCAACUGGGCUUCUCUAUCCCUUUGAAAUCCUGAUGCUGUCAAACAAGGUGUGUGGUCAUGGAAUGGGGAGAAAUGCUCCUUCUGUGGCAGUUGCUUUGAGGGUCCAACCCACCUCCUGAGGGUCUUCCUUCCACAGGCUUUUCCCGCUUGCUUGUUGGCAAGGCCAGACACUUCCAGCUGUCAGCAUUUAUCUCACCUUGGCCCCCACAUUGUUUCAAGUGGACAUUAUUAGAACUUGCACAUGCUUAAGGUGAAUAAGAGGAGGGGGUAUAUGGCAGUUAUUUCCCAUUCUUUACAGGUCUUUCAUGAACUGGGGAACAGUUUUUGACACCACAAUUCUUUUCUGCACAUCUUCAGAACAUGUGGUUUUAUUUAAGCCCUAGAACAUUUUUGGGGGAAUUCUGAUAUGUGACUUGGCAAACCCACACAGAACCUGCUAGUUCAAUGUUUGUUUGUUUAUUUAUUUAUUUAAAAUAUUGGGCCAUUUAAAGGAGAUUCUGCAUGGUUUAAUUCCCUACAUCCAACCUUUAUUUUCUAUUCAGCUUUCUUUAAUUAUUAUUCUUUCUUUUUUAAUUUCCUUUCCUUAUACAGUGGAACCUCAGUUCUCGGAUGUCUCUGCUGAUGAACAAUUCAGAGCCUGAAUGCCAACAGCCCGGAAGUGAAUGCUUCCAUUUUCAAACGCGCCUCAGAAGUUGAACAGCUUCUAAGGCCCGUUUCUCCAUUUUUUCAAUGGAUUUUGCUGACCGCCCUUUGAUCUUCGGUUUUCGAACGUUUCGGAAGUCGAACAGUCUUCUGGAACGGUCUUCUGUUGCUCAAAGGGUCUCAGAUACUAAUGCCAGGAAAGACCUCCAUCUUGAAAAGUUGUGGUUUGUUAGAAGGAAGACUGAGCUGGAUAAGCCAAUGGCCUGAUUCAGUAGAUGGUAACUGCAUAUGGCACUAGGCUUGCUGCUUUUUUAAAACCUGAAGGGAGACUCUUAUAGCAAUCACUGCAGAGAGAAGUGGAAUUAGCUACCCUUCCUUUUGCCAUUGUACUUCAUGGGGGAGAAAUUGUGUAUGUCCUUGCUUAUAUCUCCUAGUUCAGGGCUAGACAACAUGGUGCCUUCCAGAUGUUUCCCCACUCUUCCUGUGUUUUGUGUCUCUUCCAGAACAACGAGCUAGUGCUGCUAAGUGACCCAUCCAAAGAUAUUACAGGCACAGGUGGAGAUUUAAAUAACGACAACAAGGCAAGUUCUUUGUUCUUCAACCAGUCGAACAGAGAUAUCUGGUCCUUAAUAAAGAGUCUUGGUGACUCUGUCAUGAAUUCAGUAAUUAACAAUGCUGGAGAAAAUAGGAAAGCUCAUCUCUUGCAUAAUAAAUUGCUAUUUUAAAAUAUUUGUUUAAGGUAUUUUCUUGAAAUCUGUCUCUCUUUGGACUCAGAGUUUUUGAACUUGAGCAACCCUUCUAAACUUACAGGGCUGCCAGCCAAGCACUAUUUAUCUGUUCCACAGCUAAAUGUGCAGAGAUCCUUGUGGAGAGAGGGAGGGAGGGAGGGAGCAGAGAAUCAUGUGUAUACAGCCUGCUGCUAUGUGCAAGGAUCUGUGGAGUGGCAGUAAUCUCACACUGGCAUUAGAAGAGUACUAGAGCAGAAUCCCUCUGAGCCCUUUCUAAAACUGGGCAUAGGGAAACCAAAGAACAAAACCAGAAAGUGUUUCAGAACUCCAUCCAUCCAAAAUCACAUUGUGAUGACUAGGGAGGGAGUGUCUAUAGUCACCCAUCCAAAUCCAGUGUGGAUCAGUUAAGGUCUACUACCAGGAACUAUUUGGUCUUCCCAGAUCUCUGCUGGUGAGGGAGGAAGUACAAGUGGCUCAAUCUGUUCCCAGCGCAGAUCAAUGACACAUACAGUGGUACCUCGGUUUAAGAACAGCCCUGUUUAUGAACUAUUCGGUUUACUCUGCAAAACCAGAAGUAGUGUCCCAGUUUGCGAACUUUACCUCGGUCUAAGAGCAGAAGCAACAUAACAAAACAACCUUUCAACCCAUAACUGCUCACAGGUCUUCUCUGAUUCUGAAGGCCGAGUCCGUGUAGAGAUGUAUGAAGACCAUUGUGUGUUCACCAUUGAAGGAGCUGAGAAGGAAGACGAGGGAGUCUACAGAGUUACGCUUAAGAAUCCAGCAGGGGAAGAUACAGCUGAUAUCACCGUCAAAGUGAUUGGUAAGCAAGGCAGAUGGGCACUUUCUAAAGCCUGGUACAAGUGAGCCAAGUCUUCUCUCUGCCAGCCUAACACGCGGUCACAACCAUUGAUAGAAUAAUACAUUUUCCAAUGGAGCAGGAGACCCUGCAGAUGAUCUUUCUCCUGCCAAUGUCCCUCUGGCCUACUGUGGCAAGUAGGACUCCCAAGUGUGCCACAUAGCAGGCAGAGUGAAAGGGAGGAAAACUUGCCAUCUGGUAGUAUAGUCAAUCAAAAGGAUUAAUGGACAGAUUAGCUGAUCAGUGCAGCCCUAAUAAGUAGUUGUCUUCAUUGUCUAAACACAACAUGAAGCACAGUGACCUUCUUAAAUGGAUGUUGCCCUCUCUCUGUGACUUAGGAGGAGAAGAGAUAUGAGAAAACUGAGUUUUUAGAUGAGAUUCACUGUCUCUGUCUUUCUCUUGUUUCCUUCAUUCCUUCAUUCAUUAAUUGCUUCAGAGAUGUGGCUUUGCCCUGUUGACCAAGCAAUAUAUCAUACUCGAAUUUAUCCCAAAAUCAGCUGUGCAAUUCAUGUAUUUGUUUUAUCAGGAGGCCACACUUUCUUUGAAAUGAAAAAGCUACUUAAUGUUAGACUCUUUAGAUAAAAGUUGCAAUGACAAAUGCAUCAAGACGAAGAAUGCUUCCUGCAACGAAGAGGGAGCUUUAUGCAGUUUGUUAGAAUCAUAAAUAGGGUUACAGCACAUUCAUAUGGGAACCUCUAAAAUGAAGGAGUAAAUCUGGUUGUGUGAAUAGGGAAUACUGAAUCGUCAGAAGAGCCCUGCUGGAUCGGAUCAAAGGUCUGUUUACCAUCCACUUCCCCACAGUGGCCAACUGGAUGCCUCUAGGAAGCCUAUAAGCAGGACUUGCAUGCAAUAGCCCUUUCCUCUUUGUGUUCCCCAGCAACUGAAGCUGUGUAUAUGCUAUAUAUUUAAAACAUAUCACUUCCCCCAAGGAAUCCUGGAAACUGUUUUAACCCCCCACAGAACUACCAUUCCCAGGACCCUUAAGAAACUACAGUUCCCAGGAUUCUUUGUUUAAAGCCAUGUGCCUUAAAUGUGUGGUGCACAUGCAUGUAGCCUUAUAUUGGCAGGCAUAACUCUCAAGUUGUGUAUAGCUAUCAUGGCCAGUAGCCAUUGAUAGCCUCACCCUCUCUGAAUUUGUGUUAUCCCCUCUUAAACUUGGUGGCUGUUACUACAUCUUGUGACAGCAAGUUCCAUAGGAAUAGAUUCUGUGGUGAAUUAAACACUAGCAAUAGAAAUACGGUGUGCAUGCAUGUUUUGAAGGAAACAGGCAAUCUUGUUACCUCUCUUUCUUUCUCCAGAUGUACCUGACCCUCCUGAGGCUCCCGAAAUCAGUAAUGUUGGUGAAGAUAACUGUACAGUGCAGUGGCAGCCUCCAAAGUAUGAUGGAGGACAGCCAGUGCUGGGUAAGAAUUGCUAUAGUGAAAACAUCACCUGAAGGAUGAUGAUAGUAAUGAUAGUAGUAGUAGUAGUAAUUUGUUAUUUAUACCCCACCCAUCUGCCUUGUUUUCCCCAGCCACUCUGGUCAGCUCCCAACAGAAUAUUAAAAACACAAUAAACCAUCAAACAUUAAAAGCUUCCCUAAACAGGGCUGCCUUCUGAUGUCUUCUAAAAGUCAGAUAGUUGUUUAUUUCCUUGACAUCUGAUGGGAGGGCGUUCCACAGGGCAGGCGCCACUCCUGAGAAGGCCCUCUGUCUGGUUCCCUGUAACCUCACUUCUCGUAGUGAGGGAACCGCCAAAAGGCCCUCGGAGCUGGACCUCAGUGUCCAGGCUGAACGAUGGGGAUGGAGACGCUCCUUCAGGUAUACUGGGACGAGGCUGUAUCAAGAAUGAGAAGCAUUUUCUGUACAUUCCCAGAAAUACAUUUGUACUGUGAAUUAUUAUAUUUUACAAUGUAAUCAUGACACUGUGAAAUAGGCAAAAGUUCCUCAAUUAUCUCUUUGAUUUCCCAUACAUCUAGUUUUUCUGUCAUUUUGAGGACAAUAUGGGCAUUGCUGCUAUUUCUUGAAAGGGUGGUUUACUAAAUACCCCACCAGUGCUGAAAGAAGAUUUGUGGGGAGUGAGUCUUGCUUCCUGUGGAUCACCUGGAGUGGGAACUGUGUUUUAUUUAUUCUGUUUAAUCAAGUUUUAGCUCGCUUGCUAUAAAAACAAACAAACCUUGAAUUGGUUUGGAAGAAGAAGAGUCAAAACUCUAACACAUGGGUAGGUAAACUAAGGCCCGGGGGCUGGAUCCAGCCCAAUUGCCUUCUAAAUCUGGCCCGCAGACAGUCCAAGAAUCAGUGUGUUUUUACAUGAAUAGAAUGUAUCCUUUUAUUUAAAAUAAAUUUGAAUCUCUGGGUUACUUGUGGGACCUGCCUGGUGUUUUUACAUGAGUAGAAUUUGUGCUUUAAUUUAAAAUGCAUCUCUGGGUUAUUUGUGGGGCAUAGAAAUUUGUUCAUUUCCCCCCAAAAAAUAUAGUCCAGCCCCCCCCCACAAGGUCUGAGGGACAGUGGACUGGCCCCCUGCUCAAAAAGUUUGCUGACCCCUGCUCUAACACAAUUCCUGUCUGCAAAUAUCUACAGGCAGUAACAAGUAAAAUUAUUCAGAAUAUGAACGUGCGUACAACACCAAGCAGUAAGUUUCUAAUAAGCAUCUGAAAUACGCCAAAGUUGGUGCCUCCUGGGUAGCAUUCCAGAGGCAUCACUGCAAUAAAGGUUUGCCUCUGCAUUGCUGCUAGAUAGCAGUCAGUCCAUCAUAGCACAACAAACACGGCAUCCUCUGAUAAUGUUGACUGAACACAUCUGUACGAGGCAAGGCCCCAGGUAUCCAGGCCUGAGUAGUUAAAGGCAUAUGUUAAUAACAAUAUUUGAAGGCGGCUCAGUUGCAAAUAGGCUAAUAGGUAGCUUUUGCAUCUUUCUCAGGGGUGCUCAAAGUGGAAACCUGGACUACUGAUAAGCAUGUGCUCCACAUAAACGCCUGCCGAUUUCUCCCAAUUUUAGCUGUUGUUCAGGAAACACACAAAGAGGAAGCUCAGUCCACUUCUACUUCCUCUGGCAGUGCUGCAAUGUGCAAAGCUGCUCUCACUCUGGGGCACAUUCAAUGGAAUACCCUUGAACAAGGUCACUAAUGGGAAUAUCAAGUAUCAAGAUAGAAGGACAAGAUGAAACUGUUACCAGAACCAGCUGAAGUUAAAGGACGCACACUGCUGGCAUGGUUCAGCCGUUGAAACCACUGCCAAACUUUGGGUGAAAUGUUAGCCAAAGCCCCACAAAAGUGCUAUUUUACAAUGGCUACCUGGUUUUAAUGGGAUAGGGAUCACCAACCCUGUGUCCAUGGGCGCAAAGUUGGUGGCCUUCAUGUAUUUUUGGGGGAUUUGGGGGAGAGAUGGAUUUUUAUCUGGGAAUAGCAAGUACUUCUUUCACCUGUGGAAAAUUUCUCUGCAUUUGAGUGUGGAUGCUCAAGGUGUGGGGGGGUAGGGAGAUAUGUGUAUGUGGCAUGUGGGGGGAGAGGGGGAGAUAUGGAUGUGUGAUCUGUAUGUGGACGUGGUGAGCUUGUAUAUGUGGUUUGUGAGAAUGAGGGAGAGGUGUAUUGUCCAGCUGUUGGUGUGUAAAGUGUAUGAAAAUAUAAAGUGGUGUAGAAAUGAAAUAAUAAUUUAUAAUUAAUAAGUGUGUGCAGGGAGAGGCGGGGAAUGUGUGAUUGGUAAUCCCAGUAAUAAAAUAAAAGCUUUCAUUAGAUAGUAUUCUAAACAAAAGAAGUGAAUCAAGAGGUGCUUGUAUCAGUUUUUGCAUUUGUAAAUUCCAUAAGGAUUUAUUAUGUACAUUCAAGUUCCUCUUUUUCACUUAUUAUAUCAUAUCAACCAGCGCUAUUUUUCUAGAAAAAGAAAACUCACCAUGAACACCUCCCUUGUUCUCUUAUAAUGGCAAUAGCACCUGCCUGAGAGGUGCCAGAACUGAGUUCCAGAAAGUUCUGGCUAAAAAAAAAAGCCCUGAUCCAUAGUAAAAGGUGUUGUUAACAUCAUCUAUAGAAAAUGGCUGUAACCCUAAAUACGCUUGCUAAGGAGUAAGCCCCAUUGAACACAGUGGGAUCAGGGGUGGUGAGCAUGAUAGGGUGGUGCCAUAGAGCUUUUCUCCCAGCAGCAGUGUUGCUACCACUUACCAGGACUGUAGGGUCAGGGCAGGCUACUGAUGAUGUCAGCGCUGUGUGGGCACAGCGAAAGAGUCAGUCCAGCAGUCAUGACAGAACACCUGCGCAGGCAUGAGUUCACCACUGAGUUUGCCUUACCCUUACCUCAUCCAGGUAACUAGCUGUGAUGUUGUCAGAAGCGUGGGCCUUCAGCAGCACCCCACCAUGCCACUCUCUUCUGAGUGAGAUACUUCUAAGUAAUAGUGUGUCAAGUUGCACUAUACGACGACCACCUGUUAUCAAAUUCAUUCGUAAUCUUCAGUUCUGUGUCUUCUUGCUGUAAUUAGUCAUGGAAAUGGCUACCCUUAAAUCAAAGUUUGAGUGUGUCCUAGUAGACUGAAACAUUCCCCCACUGCUUUCUGUGUGGUUCUAUUUUUAAUGCCCAAAGCAUAUCUCUGAGGCAAGUGAACUUCAUUGAAUUUACUUCUCGGUAAACGUGUAUAGAAUUGCACUGUUAAUUAAGCACUGACCUAAUUGGGCUGGUGGCUGAUGUCAUAUAUUAUUUUAGAAGAUGUGCAGGUGAGUGAGCACUUAAUAAUCUUGUUGACGUUAUUAGAUCCUGUAAUAGAUUUGAUGCAGUAAAUGUAAAAAAAGGUCUGGUACUUGGGCUUGUUGUAGAGUUUGGUCCCUUGAGCCAUAUUCUUGACAAGUGAUGAGUGGCUAUUCUAAGUUGUUAGUCCAUCUGUGAUCAUUAGAGUUUCCUUCAGUUCAACUCUCCUUAAGAAGCUAGUCCUUUCCCAGAAUCGUUGUAAGGCGGCUAAAAUGCCUCAGAGGUAUGCGUUUUAUACAAUGUCGUCAGCAUUUCUGAAAAGUGAGAUUAACAGUGUUGAUUCUCUUUCACAGAAUGAUAUCGUCGCAUUUUGACGAACAGCUGAACUUAGCACAUUAGGCAGGAUAGGAGAGCGAUUGUUACUGGGAUCCAGAGUGGAUCUAAAAUAGUCCAUACAAGGUUUGAACUGUAUCCAUUCUAGGGAUCAGGCUUUAGUUGGUUACAGGGUACAGUCCUAGGCAUGCUUACCUGGGAGUAAGCCUCAUGGAAAACAGCGGGACAUUUCUGAGUAAACAAUUUUAGGAUCCAGUUUCAUGCCAGUAGAUUAAGCAAAUAAAUCUGAAAUGGAUUAAUAAACCAGAGCAAAUGUUAAAUCCAUAAGGCUGUGAGUUAAAGGCAAAGCUUAUUAUCUUAAGACAAGCAUAGGCAAACUCGGCCCUCCAGAUGUUUUGGGACUACAACUCCCAUCAUCCCUGACCCAUCCUGUUAGCUAGGGAUGAUGGGAGUUGUAGUCCCAAAACAUCUGGAGGGCUGAGUUUGCCUAUGCCUGUCUUGAGAACUAGUAGGGAACGAAAGAGAAAAUAUUAAAGACGGUCUUUCCUUCUAACCAUGUUACUUUCUCUUUGUUUUCUUAUUAAAUGAUAAGUUAUCUUGUUCUUUGUUCAUUCAAUAAAAACGGCAUUAACUUGUAUGUUUUGGUAGUAUGAAAUUGGGGUACACCCAACCUAGCACAAGCAUAGAAAAAUUCAUACGAAAGAAUUUUCUACCCCUCUUCCAGUCGUCAUCCACCACACCACACCCUGUGCUGUUGCUGAGGAUACCCUGAUCGACAGAAGAUGCUUUUCAGGGAUUGCAACAGGGAUACAGCAAGGAGAGGGAUGGAGAAUUCCUUAGUACAAGGCUGGCUUGUGGUCAUGUUAGUGUGGAUGUAAUACCACACACUUAAAUGGAAUUGAUUGUGUAAUUACCUAAAGGGCAGGUGAUUGAGCAGCAAAAUAUUCUAUAAUUUAAUGCCUCCCUUAACCUAUGUACAGAGGAACUAAAUGGGAGAAGCUCUGAAAUGUAAAUUUGGUAAAACGGAGUCUGCUUUGGGAGUUUCUGUGCAGUAAAAGCAAAAUGGCCGUACUUGUGUCUCUUGUAGAACAGGCUCUCUAUCCGUGGUGUCUCUUUUCACUUUGUAGGCUACAUCUUAGAAAGGAAGAAGAAAAAGAGCUACAGGUGGAUGAGGCUGAACUUUGACCUUCUAAAGGACCUGUCAUAUGAAGCGAAGAGAAUGAUUGAAGGAGUUGUGUAUGAGAUGCGAAUUUACGCCGUCAACUCGGUUGGUAUGUCCCGGCCCAGUGCUGCCUCACAGCCCUUCAUGCCAAUUGGUGAGUGUCAACACACAUUGUGUUACUUCUCAAACAUACAAAGGAGAUGAAGAGACACAUGGGCACACAAUUACCUUCUCUUUCUCCACUCAGUAGGGACACAGAGUCCAUAUUUGUAAGACAGGUGGCUCCUUCUUGAUCUGUUUUAUCUUUUCUAACCUUUUUCUAAAACCCUCUUCGCAAAUGGGAGUAGCAAGGUUCCAAUUUCAUGAAAUUGCUGAUGAAUUUCUAACUGUUAAAAUUAGAGGUGUGAGAGGCAAGCUGGGUCUCGAUGAGAGAGGGGAACUAAUUGACAGUGACCUCCCAUUGCCUCUCAGCUUCCCCCAUUCCCUUAUGGGUGCAAAUAUCACCGUAUCCCACCCAGUGCUUCAUUACUCCCACCCCCUGCGGAGCUGCAAGGAUAGCUGAUUAAGAAAAUAUCCAUGGAAUUAUUUUCUAUAAAUAAUCAUGAUGACCCCACAGUGUUUCUAUCAGUCCCUGAACUAAGAGCAAACUGUGGGAGUCUUUGAGGAAGGAAAGAACAAUCUGAGCGCCUGAGGUAGAGCAGCAACAGAAAUGACUAAAGUGGUGGUUCAGCUCACAGAAGACCAUAAGGAAGGGGAUGAGUUUUGUGAAGAAAAGAGUGUGCCACUACAAAACCCCAGCGAUGGGCCAACAGAGAACGAUAAAGAGCAGGAGGAGGCGGUUAAUUCUGAUCUUCAGCCAAAACUCAACAGUUGGGCUGUGCAGAGCGAAGAAACAAAAGAACCUCUACAGGAAUCAAGUGAACUAAAAGGUUCAGGGUUUUCUUGCAAUAAGAAAUGAUAUACUUGAUUAGAAAUAAGGCUCCAUCCGACAACUAUGGAGAUGAGGCACUGGUUUGUAACAUGCGUCGUGUGGUAAUCCACCCAUACUCCUGUGUGUGAUGCACAUGCUUUUAAAGACUGUUUUGAAUGUUUGGCUUUAAUUAUAGUUUAAGAAGUGAGUAAAAUGUUGCAGCAGGAUGAUGUGGGAUGCUAACAUUAGGUUCUCCAUCUGCUAUGUGAUAUUUAUUUAUUUUUUAAAUGGUGUUAUGUGGUAGGGAACAUUCUGUAUUUUUGAAAUAUUUAAAAUAAUGCACACAAUGUGUUUAAAUACCACAGCUUUCCCUGGCUUAUGAUAACCACACACAUGGCAUGGGGGGGGGGAUUGCUUCAGGUAUUGUUAUUUUUUCAAAUACACAGAAUCUAAAUGAUUUGAAAAUGAACCAAAAUGACUGAGUAUCUGUCACUGCAUGCAGAGACAGGCCCUUUGCAGUCUUUGUGAAAUGUUUUGCCAAGGAACAGAACAGCUUGGUUUUGCACAGUGGAAUCUGAAGGGUGGAAAUGGUACUUCUUAAAUUCACAGCAUCUUUAGAUACAGGGAAACUUUUCAAAAGGGCAAUGCUAGUACCAAAAGGGCAAAUGCCAAUUCUGACCAUGUAGGUAAUAAUCUUGAACUUCUCUAAACUGACCCACUCCCCCAAAUGUGAAUUUAUAUAGUUGGUAUUUAUAUAGUUGGUAUACUAUAAUAUUUGGAUAGUCCUAUACUGUAUGUAACCCAAAUAUCUGCUGUACCCUGUCCUACAUAUUCUGGAAUCACAGACACAAAACUCACAUAGCGUCUUCACUCUUUCACACAUAUGCAUUUACACAAAUUAGGAUAGACUCUGGAGUCCCCAUGUGUCAGUGGUGGGAAACCUUGGAUCUGGAGGUCCAGUGAUCCUCCAGGCCUCUCCGUUGGGCCUUUGCAAUUCUCCCCAGCCUGCACCCCUCACUGCCCCUGCUUUGCACCCCAAGUGUUUUUGUCUGGAUCAAAUCCUUAAACUCUUAUAAUGCCUCUUGUCUGGAUGGAGGGUACAGUGGAUUGGGUGAUUUUCAAAACUGCUGUACUGUAUAAAUUUAUAUUUGUUUCUCCACUUAUUUUUGCCUCUGGCCUCACCCACCACUGGAAGCAGAGGCAGAUUUAGGACAAAGUGAGCAGCAUGGUUGCACUAGGUAAGGCGCCUUCUCAAAGCCCAGUAAGCACUUGUCUGGCUUUGGGAAGGAGAUGUAAUGGCUCUGACAGGGUCCCAGAGUUCUGUCUCCUUCCCAAAGCCAGGCAAGAGCUUACUGGGUUUUGGGAAUGAGGAAGGAGGGCUUUAGGACCCUGCUAGAGUUCAGUACCUCCUUCCCAAAGCCCAGCUUAAGCCAACACCGCAAGGGCCGGUGGGAAGGUGUCAAAUGGCCUCACACAGGGCAGCAUUUUACCAAGGUCCUCAGGUGGAAAAAUGUUCCCCUACCAGUGUUCACACAUGAACACUCUUCUCCCCGGGCUACUGUGCCUGAGAUCAGACAGAUGAGCACUGCAUAUAGGAACUAUGGGGUUUUCCACAUACCACACAUAAGUUAUUGUAGAUCCAUUAGGACUUAUGGAUCCUACUGGUGUCAUACCUGGGGCCCAUGCAUACUGAAUUUCACUGGUCUCAUCAAUGUGCCCUCGAAGUGAGUUCAAAAACUGAAUACUGUAUUCCCUGUCUUAGACCGAAAGCUAGCAGGAGAUUGGCAUUCCCCUAACUUAGCAGAAUUCCUACUACCAACUGGUGUGCAGUGAUGUGCACUUUUGCUGUGCAUCUACUGAAUUCAGGACCUAUAGCACUAGGACCACAACUGCCUUGUAAUGAUAUUCUUUGUUGGCUGCAUAAGGCAUCGAGGUCUAGUUAGUGGCCAUUUGCUAGUUGUGAGGUACAGAAAUAUAAUAAUAAUAAUAAUAAUAAUAAUAAUAAUAAUAAUUUUUAUUUAUAUCCCGCCCUACCUAGCCGAAGCCGGGCUCAGGGCGGCUAACAGCAAUAAAAUAAUACAACAUAAUAUGAAGUAAAUCACUAUCUAUAAUUAGAGUACAUCUAGUUCAUUUUUUGCUAUUUUGCUUUAUUAUGAAGUCUUAUGCUAUUUAUUAACCUACAACAUUUCUAUACCACUUAUUUGCAUUUCUAGGCAGUGUACACAAAAACAAUCCAUAUCCUUUUGCCAAUAUUUAAUUUUGUCUGGAAUGCAUUCAUCAAGAGCCAUUCAAGCAGAAGCUUGGUGUCUCAUCCAGUUAUAAAUUUAGCAGAAAACCUUUGUGUCACAAGAAUUUAUUCUAGAGAAUGAUGUUUUCUAAUCUCUUGCUAGCGCCGUUUCCCUCCUAAAAUCUCACUUUGAAGAUCAGUAAUUACCACAUCAUUUGUUUAGCAGCUACGAGUUUGUGACUGCAAGAACUGACUAUUGCAAUAUAUGCACUGUGGGAAUGUUUAGAAACUGCAAUUAGUGCAGAAUGCAGUAGCCUUGCUCCUGACAGGAACCAAUCACCAAUAGCAUUGUUUUGUUUUGUUUCUUUGUUUAAUGAUUUUUAAUUGCUCCCACAAGUGGUAAAGUGGUGAUACCCCCUGAACUGGAUGACUUAAAAAGCCGAUGAAGCAAAUUAAAGUCCUGCUUUUGGGUUUCCAAAACACCCAUAUGUAUCUGGUUGGCCACUGUGAGAUCAGGAUGCUGGGCUAGUUGGGCCAUUGAUCUGAUCUCAUUGCUCUUCUCAUGUUCUUACUCCAGUCUUCAGUGGAAAAAUGCUCCCUGACUUCAGGUUUACCAUAUAAAAGACAGAAAUGGGACUGGAAGUGAAAAAGAAAAGGCACCAGUUCUUAGUAAAAAUAUAGCACCUCCUCACAGUUCCCAAACAGGCCUCAGCAGGUUGCCACAACAGGCUUGUAUCCAACCUUCUGUUCCUCACAGGCGUUUGGAAUUGAUGGCCUUCACAAGGACUUAGGGGCCUAGAUUGGCCAAGCUGGUGAAAGCAGCAGUGAGAGGAGAUAGCAAAAGCUGAAGUUCUCUUUAAUGUCUAUAAGUCCUACCCUGUAGACAUUGUAUUAGCUGCUGAACAGCUUCCAAUCCCAAUUUAACCUAUAAAGCUCUAGGCUGGAUAUACAGAACAUAUCUUAAAAGAUCAAUCACGUAUCCCAAUAUGAGCCUUGCUAGCCUUUGAAGUAAAUAAAUAUUAAAUCAACAAAUGGGACUUCCGGGUUAGCGCCAUCGGCAAUGGCGGAGUUCCUCUGACUGAGAGGAACCCGCUCCAUGAAAAUCGGGUCUUGCUGCCGCGGCGAAGGCGGAGACCCUCUAAAAAUCCCAGGCGGAGGAAGCCUGGGAACGUGGGAUUCGGCUGACACCAGGAGCACCUCCCCUACUCGCAGGGAAACCCUUUUUCGGGGAUCCGAAGCGACGUGGGGUGAGUGGCAUGGUGUUUUGAAUCAACCGCUACUUUCACAGAGUGAAGCCGCACAGCCAUUGCCGGAGAGCGCUGACUUUUUCCUGUGGACAGUUGGACUCUAAAUAAGUACCCGUGAGUAGAACGGAAAAUUGGAUUAAGAAACAUUUUAAUUUGGCACUGAAGCGGGAAGGCUCUAAACAGGAAGUCCGCCUCCCAGUUUUGUAAAUAGAUUGAAGCAAAAAUUUUGGAAGCUAAAGUCUGGAAAGUCAUAUAAAAAGGUCUAAAUUUCCUUCAGUUAUUACCACCAAAACCCCUCUUGGAAGCAGGAGAAAAGAGGGGAAUUUUUGACUGUUUAAGCCUGCAGGAGAGAGAGUAAAGAAAGAUAAAUUUCCACCGUCUCAAACCUGGGAAUGGGGUGUCAGAGACAGAAAUUUAUGGGGAAGUUCAUCGACUGUGAAUGGAACGUCUUUUGACAGAUAGUAAAAAAAGAGAAACAAAUUGACUCCAAUGUUGCCUCUUGCAUUCAAAAGAAACAAAAUAUUUGAAAAAUGAAAGUAAUUUUCUUUUGUUGGUCCUGCUUUCAAAAGAUGGAUACAAAUAGAAAUUGUCUCCUCUAGAGGGAGCUUGUUAAUUUGUUGCUGGAGUCGAUCUGGGGAUUUCACAGCUGUAAGAUUAGGAUCGUGAGACCAGACUCUGACCUUGAAUAAAAAUGUGUUUAGAAGAAGUUUUGGUGCUUGCUUUUUGCAAGACAAGCGCUUUGCUGGAGCAGAUGCAUGAGAAGAUGGAUUUGAUGACUGUUGCAGUUAAAAACUUUGGACAAACGGCGAAUACUCAUAUAGAAACCAUUCAGGAACCAGCCCAGGAACUUGUUUUGACAGGGCAAGCGCAAGUGCAGAAGAUAAUGGAGGAGGUUGCUGUUGAACCUCAAGUAACACAAAUGGAGAGAUCCGAGGCCUUGCAGGAGCAUAAGCCGCUGUUCUUGAAGUUUGAAUCUGGAAUGGACCAGGGGGGGUCUGGAGUUGUGAGGGCUCUUAAUUUUGGAAGGACUUUGAAACAUGCUUUUAAAUACUUCCUGGAUUACAGUGUUGACUGUGGGGAAUGGGACUGUGGGGAUUGCGUUGAUUUGCUGAGGGGAGAUGGAGAUAUUUUUGGAUUGGAGUCCUCCCGAGACCUACCCCCCAAUGAGAAAGGAAAGAAAUUAAGAAAAAGAUCAACAAAAGACAAAGUAAAGGGCAGGUAUAAACAAGAAGAAGAUCUGCAGAAGGGACAUGGAAAAGACUUAAGAGCCUCGGACAUAAGAUCACCAGGUUGAUGGACUAGAUGGAAUGGACAAGAAGGACUGACAAAACCCGAGACCAGGAAGAAGAGACGUUGGAUGAAGAUUGGAAAAAAGUUUUUUUAAAAAAAAAAUUAUUUUGAGAAUUACCGUAUUUUUCGCUCCAUAGGACGCACUUUUUCCCCUCCAAAAAUGAAGGGGAAAUGUGUGUGCGUCCUAUGGAGCGAAUGCAGGCUUUCGCUGAAGCCUGGAGAGCGAGAGGCGUCGGUGCGCACCUACACCUCUCGCUCUUCAGGCUCCAGGAAGCUAUCUGCAAGCCUUGCGCACCCGGGGGGAGUUCCCCUGGGCACUCAAGGCUUGCGGGCAGCAGCCCGCAGCGCGGAGCACGGGCGCCCUCCGGAGGACGCCCGUGCCGCGGCAGGUGCCGCGGCAAGCCUUGCGCACCCGGGAUCUCCCCGGGAGCGCAAGGCUUGCGGGCGGCAGAACUGCAGCGCGGAGCACGGGCGCCCUCGGAGGACGUCCCGUGCUCCGCGCAGGCACCGCAGCCUUGCGCACCCGGGAUCUCCCCGGGAGCGCAAGGCUUGCGAGCGGCAGCCUGCAGCGCGGAGCACGGGGCGCCCUCCGGAGGACGCCCCGUGCUCGCGCAGGUGUCCGGCAAGCCUUGCGCACCCGGAGAUCUCCCCGGGAGCGCAAGGCUUGCGGGCGGCAGCCUGCAGCGCGGAGCACGGGGCGCCCUCCGGAGGACGCCCCGUGCCUCGCGCAGGUGUCCGGCAAGCCUUGCGCACCCGGGGAUCUCCCCGGGAGCGCAAGGCUUGCGGGCGGCAGCCUGCAGCGCGGAGCACGGGCGCCCUCAGAGGACGUCCCGUGCUUCGCGCAGGUGUCUGCAAGCCUUGCGCACCCGGGGAUCUCCCCGGGAGCGCAAGGCUUGCGGGCGGCAGCCUGCAGCACGGGGCGCCCGCCGCAGGACGCCCCGUGCUUCGUGCCGGUGUCCGCAAGCCUUGCGCGCCCGGGGGGAGAUCCCCCCGGGGCGCGCACGGCUUGCGGGCGGCAGCCUGCAGCGCGGAGCUCGGGGCGCCCUCGGAGGACGUCCCGUGCUUCGCGCAGGUGUCCGCAAGCCUUGCGCUCCCGGGCGGCAGUCUGCUGCGCGGAGCACGGGGCGUCCUCCGGAGGCGCCCCAUGCCCGGCGCAGGUGUCGGCAAGCCUUGCGGGCGGCAGCCUGCAGCGCUGGAGCACGGGCGCCCUCCGGAGGACGCCCCGUGCCCGCGCAGGUGUCGGCAAGCCUUGCGCACCCGGGGAUCUCCCGGAGCGCAAGGCUUGCGGGCGGCAGCCUGCAGCGCGGAGCACGGGGCGCCCUCGGAGGACGUCCCGUGCUCGCGCAGGUGUCUGCAAGCCUUGCGCACCCGGGAUCUCCCCGGGAGCGCAAGGCUGCGGCGGCAGCCUGCAGCGCGGAGCACGGGCGCCCUCCGGAGGACGCCCGUGCUCGCGCUGGUGUCGGCAAGCCUUGCGCGCCAGGGGGGAGAUCCCCCCUGGGCGCGCCCGGCUUGCGGGCGGCAACCUGCAGCGCGGAGCACGGGGCGCCCUCGGAGGACGUCCCGUGCUUCGCGCAGGUGUCCGCAAGCCUUGCGCACCGGGGAUCUCCCGGGAGCGCAAGGCUUGCGGGCGGCAGUCUGCAGCGCGGAGCACGGGGCGCCCUCCGGAGGACGCCCCGUGCUUCCGCGCAGGUGUCUGCAGCCUGCCGCCCGGCGCGUGGGGUGCCCUGAAGCAGAGCGCCCCUCACGCCCGGGCAGACAUCGGCCAGCCCCACAAGCUCGGGGGACAACGGGAGGCGCAGCGCCGCCAUCCCACUGUUCCCCGACCUGGUUUUGGGGGAAAUAAAGGAAAAAAUUUUCCUUUAUUUCCCCAAAAGUAGGUGCGUCCUAUGGGACGGAGCGUCCUAUGGAACGAAAAAUACGGUAGUGUAAAAUUAAUGAGUAUUAGGAAAAAUGUUGGAAUGAAACUAUUUGGCUUUAGUAGAAAUGAUAUAAGGAGUUAUGUACAAAUAAGUAUUAAGUUUUAAGUUUUAAGGGGGUUUUUUACGGUAAGAUAAGGUUAAAUAAAUUAAGGUAAAUUGAAUGACAGAAUAUAGUGAAAGAUGGAAAGGAUUUGUUGAGUUAAUUAAAAGGUUAGAUCAUUAAGAUAAAUUAUAUAACAAAAAUUGAGAAAGAUGGAAAGAAUUUGCUGAAACAAUUAAUUAAAUUAGAAUACAGAAAGGGAGGUGUGAGGAGGUUGAUGAAAUAAGUAAAUGAAAGAUAAAGAUAUGGAACAUUGGAUGUGUGUUUUAAUGUUAUUGGUUUUUUUUUUGCUGUAUUGUUGUAUUGUUUCUUAUGCUUUUCCUUUUAUGUAUUGUAAUGUAUGUUUUGUCAAUUUUUUUUGUUGGUUCCUUUUUUUUCUUUUUUCUGUAAUUCUUAAACUUUUAAUAAAUAUCAUUUAAAAAAAAUUAAAUCAACAAAUGUACAAUGCAGGACUAUGAUCCACAUUUUGUGGAAGUCAACAAUCAGUUGCAGGGAUUCUCUUCACAGGUAGUAUUUUUAUUCUGACAGGUAAUUUGUGGUGAUAAUCAUUUUAACUGGGUAUAGAUUGUAUUGCUUGUUCUAUCUUGCGAAGUUUUAAGCAUCUGUAAGCCAUUUUGAUAAUUUUAAUAUGAAUGCUACAAUAUAUUAUUAGCACUUUAAAAAUAACCCAAAGGCUCUGGAUUUUCUGUUCUGUUUAGCUCCUCCAAGUGAGCCAACACACUUCACAGUAGAAGACAUUUGUGAUACUUCUGUUACUUUGAAGUGGAGACCCCCUGAACGAAUUGGAGCAGGAGGCUUGGAUGGCUACAACAUUGAGUACUGUAAAGAAGGAUGUGAGUAAGCCCCUGGUGCCUUCGGAAUUGUUGUCACAUGCACAUCAUACACUAAAAGCCCAAGGCUUCCCCCAAAGAAUCCUGGAAACUGUAACUUAAGGGUUUUGGGAAUUGUAUUUCUCUGAGAGAUAAACUACAGUCCCAGGAUUGGUGGGGAGCCCCAUAUGCUCUAAACAUAUUUUAAAUGCAUGGUGUGGAUGUCACCACUUUAACAGUCAUGGUUUCCCCAAAAGGAUUGUGAGGAGUGGAGUCUGUUAAAAAAAACCACGGUGCUUAGGAGAGCCUUACUAAAAAGUUCCCAGGAUGAGUCUUAAAGUGGUUUUAAAAGCAGAGCUGCCCAUCCAUGAGGCAGCUAAAGUGCAAGCAGUGGCGCUACGCUGGCCCCACUGCUUAUACCACCAAGAGAGAGGUAAGGUAUUCUGGCAUGUGGCAUUGCCACUUGUCUUCCACACCCCAAGGCAGAGAAGCCGAGCAGCAAUAUUUUGAGGAGUGUCCCAGCUCCUACCAAGUUCAUCAAGAGCCAGGGCAUGGUGGCAUUGGAUGUGGAGGCACAGUGCAGAAGUAGCAGGUGGCAAUUCCCGUUUUGCCUCAGGUGGCAAAAAAAGAGCAGGCUGCUGCUGUUUAAGGGUAUUGAAGUGGAUGGUGUGAGUGAUCUAGGUUCUAGGAUAAUCAGUUUAGCCACCUUUUAACUGAGAAAGGCAGUAGCCUUGGUCAGAUAAAGGAGAUGGAGGAUGGUAUUGGUACAGAAUGAAAAGCAACGUGCAUCUGCCUUCAAACAUCUGAGAUUAACGGGGACAGAAAUAUUGUUCUCCAGUAGGGUCAAGCCCCAGAGAUUCCCUUUUAAAGGAAUUAACGAUUACCUAUAUUUCUGUGAUCAUCACAUUCUUGCAUGUCUUUGAAACGUUUUGUGAAGUUGUUGUGUCUUAUAGUGCAUUGGAUGCCAUGGGUGCUUUGGCUGUUAUUUUGAAAGCUUUAGCUGUGAUUCCAAAAGGCUGAAUGCCACCAUUCUGGAAUAUAUGAAGCAGUGGUGCAAAUAGAAAACAUGAGUAAAAAUGCUUGGUAUUGUGCCUUCAGGCAUAGUUCUGUAAACCUCUGCUUGAAAAGCUUUGCCUAACAGUAAGUGAUCUUGCAUUUGCAGCUACAGAAUGGAUCCCAGCACUUCAUGGCCUGAUUGAGCGCACCUCUGUCCUGGUUAAAGAUUUGGUCACAGGAGACAAACUUAAUUUUCGCAUCACUGCUGUAAACUUGGCAGGUGCAAGUCAGCCAGCUGUUACAAAAGAGCCAAUUACUGUCCGAGAGAUCUUGCGUAAGUAUCUAGGGAAAGCCAGCACUAGAAUCACUGAAAUCUCACCACUUGGAGAUCUGGGGUAUGGAUCUGUAUUAACCCGCAGAACUUUGGUUCUGAUAUGCAAUAAACCGGUGUCCCUAAUUAUUAAUAUAAUAAUAAUAAUAUUUAUACCCCGCCCAUCUGGCUGGGCUUCCCCAGCCACUUUGGGCAGCUUCCAAAAAAAUAUUAAAAUACUGUAAUACAUCAAACAUUUAAAGCUUCCCUAAACAGGGCUGCCUUCAGAUGUCUUCUAAAAGUCUAGUAGUUGUUGUUCUCUUUGACAUCUGGUGGGAGGGCAUUCCACAGGGAGGGCACCACCACCGAGAAGGCCCUCUGCCUGGUUCCUUGUAACUUGGCUUCUCGCAGUGAGGGAACCACCAGAAGGCCCUCGGUGCUGGACCUCAGUGUCAGGGUAGAACGAUGGGGGUGGAGACGCUCCUUCAGAUGCUCUCGGGGGUGGAGACCGAGGCCGUUUAGGGCUUUAAAGGUCAGCACCAACACUUUGAAUUGUGCUCAGAAACGUACUGGAAGCCAAUGUAGGUCUUUCACACAACUUUUAAAAAUUACUUUCUUCUCAGUACAGCUCUCCUUCUCCCUGUGAGGUUACUGGGCAUUUAUUUCUAAUAUUUCAUGCUUGGUGUGGAUUGUUGCUUAGGGGAGUGAGGCCAAACACCCGGCUGUCUGUCUGGUGAACAUUCAUAAUCUUGGUCAUUAAUCAUCACCUUGUCUGUAGCCCAAGAGUACAAGUGGUCUAAUUCAGUUGGCUGGAACCCAGAAAGACGGCUCAACUGAUAUAACUUCUCAAUCCUUAUUUCUGUCUGGAGUUCUAAAAGACAUGACCCGGAUUCUAUUAACACCAGAAUGACCCAGAGCACUAUUAUUAAACUACAAGCACAGGGCAUCCCAAACCCAGAGGGACUUACUUAAAGGCAGGGGGGAUUCAGACAGAGUAGCAGAGAACCUCCUUCAGUGAGUCAGAAGCAAACAGACAACUCAUUAUUAUCCCCAUUCUCCCAGUUGUGAUCAUCCUAUAUGUUGUUGGCCUCCAACUCCCAUCAUUCCUAGUCAGCAUGAGUAGUGGUUGGGGAUGAUGGGAGUUCAAUCUAGAGACCUGCAAAUUAGCCACCUUGCUCUAAAACAUCAAUCACUGGAGACAGCCAACUCUGCAAACCAGAACAAAACGUUGCAGCAUCAAUUACUCCUGUCCAGUGUUGCAGCCAGCCAUGCCCUAGAACACAUCCCAGAGUCCCCUGUCAUAGGGGUAGGUGAUAUGUGGUGCUCUGACUAAACCCAUGCAGCUGGUAAGGAGGGAAAUGUUAACAUUGUUAUCAACAACCCUCUCCCCACCCUCCUCUCUCUUUCUCUUUUCCCUCUCCUGAAAGAAAAGAGUCAGGGGUGGUGAUCAUCUCGGCUCCAUGUGGCCCACAAGAGAUUAUGCAUGUUAAUUGUAUGGCUCUUAACGAUAAUGGCUGCCUACUUCCCUGCUGUAUAAAGCGAUUCCAUCGCUUCUAUUUCUCAGAUAUCAUUACAAUAUUUGCCACUGGUACAAACUCAUUUGAAGUCAAUAAUGUAGAAUCGUAUUCAGCUACUGAGUAUCCCUAGUAGGAUCACGACAGCUUUCUUUCAGAAUUUAUUGGAUUUCUACAAACUUUAAUUGCUAGCAGGGACCUUCAAUUUUUCUGAGACAUAUGACAUAUCUAGUAAGUUGGAGAAAAAACCCUGACUUCAUAAUCCUCUGAUCCACAGAGCGUCCCAAAAUCUGGUUGCCACGCAAUCUCCGACAGACUUUAAUGAAGAAAGUGGGCGAUACAAUCAACAUUGUCGUUCCUUUCCAGGUACUCGAUUGAAUCUGCUAUUCAAACUCUUCCCUUCAAUCCAGCAAUUCCCAGCAGACCACUGUACUUCAGGAGCUCUCCCCCUGCCCCAUUCCAGAUUUCCUUAUUUGUUUAAUGGAAGGGUAGCUUUGUGCAUCAUUAAACACAGAGAGAUGCAGUUUCCAUUUCAACGAAUAAGAAAACAAUGUUCACUUCAGAAUAGUCUACAUGGCUUAUAUAAACCUGGAGUCCUGUGCUUUCCUAGCUCAUUCAAUUUGACAGUCAUGCGGUUUCAAAACCUAUAUAUCAGUUUUAAGGUCUGUUCAGAUAAUCAAAUGUUGCUCACUUAUUAUGGAGGAUUUAAAUGGCUUUUCUUAAAAGUUGUGCUUGAGAGACUAAUCACAUUUUCCCAGCUCCCAAAUGACAAUAUUUUGACACUAACGAAUAUGCUGUCUCAUCCAACCACACCACACUGUGGAAAUGAAGUUUUGACAUAUUUUCAGGGAGCAAAUAUAGGUGAGAACUAUUAAGUCAACCAUGUCACAGACAAGACAGUUAUAAAAGGGAUCUGAUGUCUUUAUGUGUGUGUUAUUACUAUGUGCAAAAGUGUCAAAUGAAUGAUACAGGGAGUGAGCAAAAACGGAAUAGUUGAACAAGAGAUAAUAAUUUUCUUCAGGUGAAAUAGGGGAUUAAGGGCACAAACUACUCAAGAAUUCACAGCUGGGCAGUAACCUUUAUGUGAACCAACCAAAAUGUCAAAGAAUAGUGAGCAAGCUUUCAAGUUCUCUAGAACUCUUUAUCAGGCUGGAUGUUAUGCAAAGCAGGAAGUGGUAGAGAAGACAAACAAAGAGCCAGGUCAGUCUGGGUAACUGCUGGCCUUUAUGUUUCCAAAAGUGGGGGCUGGCCAUUGCUAGGGCAAGCAGAGACCUGCAGCCCCUAGUAGACUAAUCCAAUCUGGGAACUCCAUUCUGAGAUUGAGUCUAAAUACAGACCUGAAGGCAAUAAUCAAGCCAAUGUUUUCUUUUUUGUUUGUUUCGUCCUCUUUCCCUAUCCUACCCUCCUGCUUUGAGUAGCAUCCAAGCUGAGGAAGAAUACUGAAGAAUUCAAAAGCUUGCUCACUAUAUUGUGACAUUUUGGUUGGUCCUACUAAAAGUUUAGUCCAGCUCUGCAUUUUGGAAUGGACCAACAUGACUUCCUUUGCACUUUAUGUGCCAAGUACUCAGUAGCUUUGCUUUCCAUUUUUUCUUCUGCAGGGAAAACCUAGACCUAAAGUUAUCUGGACAAAGGAUGGUCAGCCAAUAGACUCUAAGGAGGUGGGAAUUCGAAACAGCAAUACAGACACCAUUCUCUUCAUCCGAAAGGCUGAGCGCCACCAUUCUGGAAUAUAUGAAGUAGAGGUGCAAAUAGAAAGCAUGAUAGAUAAGGCUACUAUUACCAUUCAGAUAAUGGGUAAGGAACUGUUUGGAGUCUUAUGAAUGUCCCAUUUAAACACAGUCACUUUAAUGCAGGGAUUUGGUGCAGGUGUAUGUACAGCACUUCAAGUACUCACAGGAAUGCUCCUGUUCUUAUCAAAAAAGGCAAGUGUGGCUGUAUGGUGGCUAACAGACUGAGCUACUUCUAAAAUUGUCUCUGCCAGGAACCCACUAGAUGGCCUCAGGCAUCUAAACCUAAAUUUCCCCCCUUCCUGAUCUGCAGUAUGUUGAUUUACCUUACAGUAGGAGUGGGGAACUGGAUCUGGCCCCUAUCUCUCUCCACCAGGCCAAGUUAACAGGUGGGCAGGGUUGCCCACAUGGCUUCAAACAAAGCCAUAAGGGCAAAUACAUAGCCCCAUGCAAGCAUGUUGACCCUAUGAUCAGAUGCUCAUUGGGGCUUACAAAGUGCCACACACACUCCAGGUGGACAAAGCAAAAACCAGGGCAGAGAAUGAGACUCUACUUUCCAUCUGUUUUGUUUGUUUAAACCUCCAGGGUUUAAAGCCAGUUUGAAUGAGCAGAGUAGCCUUGGAAAGGGCUUUCAAAGAGCCUGAGUUGCAUUUUGAAGUCUCACCAAUCAGAUUUCUCAGUGCAAUAUCGUGGGCAGGAUGCUGCUUGCCACCCCCCUCCAACCUGCCAUCUCUCCCCCUCCCCACCCAUAUAUGGUGUCGGCCAGGUGUGCAUAGCCUUGCCAGUCAAAUAGUGAUGCCUGGCCAGCCUGAUUGGACCUGCAGGUCAGGAUUACAGUUCAUGCAUGUGAAGUAAUUUGACUACUUGAAAGUGCUGUAUACAAAUGUCAAGAGAUAUUUUCUUUUGGACGCACAGAGCAGCUUCUGUCACUGAAAUGAAUGGGAACACCCACGUGUACACAAAGGGUGACCCCCCCCCCAGUACCAGGACAAUGAACGUCUGCGUGCAAUGAAUUCAACAAAGCUGUGACUGCAUGUAGCAACUGACAAAAACAUGAACUUUAUUAUCUCUAGCUACCCCCUCCAAUGUGGCCCAUUUUUAUCCAGCCUUUUUGGCAGCAGGAGGCUUGGCAGCAAUAAAAUGCACAAUACUUCAGAACAAAAUUUAAAAGCCACUUACACAAUUUAUAAAGAGAGAGAGAGCAAUGAGUGACGUCACUCAAGCAGCUUAACAGCAUCAGUUCAGCUAAUUGCCUUUUCUCCUUCAGAUCCCAUAAAAACCAGCUGGCUAUUAAAAUUUCUUACAAAGGCUAUUCCAUGUGUGUGUGUGUAAAUCCUGCUUAACAUUACUGACGCCACAGCUCGCAGCUGUAAUAACCAAUGUAAGAUUAGCGCUGUGAGUUUCUUUCUGCUGCUCUCUAAGAUUUGAACUACAUACAUAAUGUGAAAAAAAUUCCAUAAGGAUGCCAGAUUUGGAGGAGAGCCACAGUACAGGGUGAAUGGCCCAAUCCUUUGCCUGUGCAAAAACAUGUUGGGAGCCAUGAAAUCCACACAACACAUGUAGGCUGUUUACACACACCUGCUUAUCCUGCAUCCAGUACGCUCUUUCUAGUUUGAUUUUUUGUGUGAUAUUAAUAAUAAUAUUUUCUAAUGUAUAUAAAAUAGUGAUAACAGAUCUGUAUGAUUUGGGAGCAGAAAAGAUGAAGGCAGAACUGAUUCAGUUGCUGUGAAGUGGUGUACAUAUCAUUUGGAAGGCUGAGAACCUGGUCCAACAUUCCCAGGGAUAACUAGUGAAUUACUCACAGAGCAUUUGAAGAGUCUGUUAGAGAGCGAACUUUCUUUGACAGGUGUCUUGCUAAGAAGGGAUUAAUGGAUGUAGCCAAUAGGCAUAUGCUGCUGCCUUUUGGAUUCAGACAUAAAUUAAAGCGAUGACAUGCUGGACUGAAUUUCAAGAGAAAGUAUUAAUUAUUCUAAGCUUCCAAACAACCAUAGUUACAAUAAAUGAGAAUCUUUGUCAGUUAUGGCAACGCUAACAAAAGCUGGCAUUCAUUUGCAAAUUGUUCCAGACAUUCCCAAAGUGGAAACAAAUAAUGGAGCAAUAUUAAUUGGAGAUGUCAACCUUAAGUGUCUGUGGAAGGUAUGUGUGCAUUGAGCUAUAUAGCAGUCUGCAGGAGUUAGUCUUUAUCUUGCCAAUAUUGUUUUGGGACACUGGCUCAGUUAACAGAACAUUUUUGAUGUUUGUCUAUUACCAAUGGCCUUCAGUUAGCAAUAGACGAUUUAAGUCUUGCUCCUUUUUCUUCCUGAAGAUACUGAGUGGUAGAUCUUGAAUACCUUUUGUAUGACUUUCUGUAGACAAGCCUGGCCCUCCUCAGAAUGUAAAGAUUGUGGAUGUGUGGGGAUUCAAUGUUGCACUGGAAUGGAAACCACCCCAGGAUGAUGGCAAUGCUCCAAUAACAGGAUACACUGUCCAGAAGGCAGACAAAAAAACAAUGGUAAGGGUAAUAGGCUGAAUGAGUGUAUGAAUCCACCCUAAAGUAUGUACAGUGAAACCGUAAUACCUUGAGUAUUUGAGCCCAUUACUCAAAAUCAUGUCAGCAGGAGAAUGGUGGUUUUGGGCAAUUGCACUCCAUACGAGUGGCUAGCUUGGAGCUGCACAAAAUAUAGAAGCGGAGCAUAAUUGAGAAGCCACACUUGGAAUAUUUAUCCAUGAUAAAUUACAAGAUUUGUUGUUGUUUAGUAGUCUUAGUCAUGUUCGACUCUCCCUGACCCCAUGAACCAGAGCAUGCCUUGGAAACUUUCUUCUCAAAGCUUCUCCUUUUUAUGUCCAUGGAGUUUUCUUGGCAAAAUACUGGAGUGGUUUGCCAGUUCCUUCUCCAAUCACAAGAUAGGCAAAAGCAAAAAUGUAAGAUGUGAGAAACUCCCUCCCUUCCUAUUUAUGACUUUAACAUCUAUGACUGGAGGUCUUUUGCACUGCUGAGAAAACACGAACAUACUCAGUGGCAGUCACUGGAUUUAUUAGAAAUUAUUUCUGACACAGUGGUUGCCAGAAUUCUGGGUUGCCAGUCAGGCUGAUGGGGAAAUCCCGCUGUUUCCACUAUCCCCCCAGCUGCACCCCAGUAUUUCACCUGCCUGUGUUGUACUUGUUUUGGGGAUUCUACAUAAUGUUCCAAAAAUCCAGACUGUGACCUUCAUAAGAUCUGAUUUUCUGACAAUGGAUCAUUUAUUUCAGGAAUGGUACACGGUUUUUGAGCACUAUCGGCGCACUAAUUGCGUAGCAUCAGAUUUGAUCAUGGGAAACGAGUACUAUUUCCGGGUCUUCAGUGAAAAUCUGUAUGGGUUGAGUGAAAAUGCUGCCAACACCAAAAAUUCUGCCUACAUUAAAAAAACAGGUAACAGAGAGUAUCUAAAUUGACAUUUUCAGGAAGGGGAUCUGAAGAACUAAAGCAAAUUAUACUGGUUGCAAAGCUAUCAGGUCUGUUCGAUAGAUCUAUUGCUUUAUUGUUUGGCGCCCAGCCACACUUCCCCUGCGGGCCUCUGCAGCUUCUGUUUAUGCAGUGUGGCUUGAGAGCGUCGUAAAGCAAUUAGCAGAAAUUGCACAGCGUCUGUGUGUCAAAAGGGCAGUAAAAUCAGUCCAGACGUUUCUUCUAUCCUAAUAUCUCUUUAUUGGAAACAAAAUAGCGUAUUUACAAUCCACAACAGCCAUCAGUCUGUAGCUGCAUCUUCUCUGCCUCCUCUCUCUCUCCCUGCAGCGGCUGAACUGAAUGCUUUCGAUUUCCACUCAGUUCACAGCAUACCAAGCUGUUUACGUCACAUCCUGGCUUACUUCCCUUGUAAGCCCGUCCCCUCAAGCAUGAGACAUAGAAGGUUAACCCUUCACUACACCCAACAAGGUCCUCUGGGCCUUAUUGGUAAUUUAAAAAUAGAGAAUUCGUUGGGUCACAGGACUCAAUUUGAAACUGAUUUUCAAAUGAAAAUAUGUAUCUUGUUCCUAAGAUUGGCCUUUGACUGGAAAAGUGGCCAGUUUAAUAAGAUUUCUAGGAAAUUAGAAGUGGAUUUGGUUAACAUCUGUUCUGGGUAAAUUGUAGCAAGCAUUUUUAAAGAUAACAUUAUCAUGCACAUUAUCAAGUCUUGCUCAGGAAGAAUCAACUUGCACAUUGUGGCAAAAAAAAAUGUUCACAUAGUGCAUAGUUGAACUGUAGGAUUCACUACCAUAAGCUUAAAGUUGGUUUUGAAACUACCAACUUAAAGACUGUUUCAAUGAACUUAAAUGUGCACUGCCUGGAGAGAAAGGCACUGGUCCUGUUAUGUUUCUUGUGCAAAUAAAGUUCAUUUCAGGUGGGGAAAAAGACAGUUAGAUAAAUUCAUAGAGGAUAAGGCUAUCAAUAGCUACUAGUCAUGAUAGCUAUACUCAAGCCCUAAGUUCAGAAGCUUCAUGCUUCUGUAUACAAGUCAUUGGCGAAUAAGAGUAGGAAAGAGCUAUUGUGCUCAAGGAUGAUGUGGCAUUCAAUCAGGGAAGGGGAGAUCCAUCCCUCCUUCGGGUAGCACCAUUAGCUAGUUGUUCCUAUGACAACAUGGUCAAUUCUUUGGUAAUGCAGAUAGGUUGCUUAAAUGACUUGGCCACGGCCAUUAUCUUAACAAAGGACUUAUCCACACUGCCUCUUGUGCUGCUGCUUCUCCUCCAACCCCUCACAGGAAAAACUGCUCUGUAGCACUCAUUCAGAGCAAAUGGCAAUUCAGGGCUUAUUCGGAUUGAAAUUUGCCCCAAUUUACAGCUAAGAACUCGUUUUCCGUGGGGAAAGAGUAGGGUAAUGGGAAAACUGUUUAGACCUGUGCUUUUAGUCAUGAGACAAGUGGACAAGAUCCUUGAUAUGUGUUGAAAUAAUACAGGUUUAUUGGAAGGUAGUUUUCAAAAGCGGUGGUAUUUGAUGAUUAGCACACCAUUGUAUUUGGUCUUUGACAGCUGACAUGGAAUGGAACUUUUUGUUCUUAAAUUAUUUGAUAAGUAACAUGCAAUAACCAUUAGUAUUUGAUAGCUGCCUGCCAAACUCACAGCAAUCAGCAAAUGCAAACAAGGCUAAAACAUUCCAAUUCAUAAUCUGUAAUGCAAGGUAGAAUUUGGCCUUGAAAUUUAUCAUUCAUAAAUAUAGAUGGCAGAAUGUCAAAAAAUUCCAAAGCUCAUUAUAGCAUGAUGUGGGAGGAAUGUGUGAAAGCACAAUGUGGGAAGAGUAACAGCUAGUUCCGAACCUUCUGCCACGCCAAGGAGACCUUAAACAAGUGUGAUUCUGAAUGGCUAGAGCCAACAGGGGAUAGGAAUUGGAUGAGACCCUGCCCUAUUGAUGCUCCAAAUGCUAGAUGUAAAUGGCCAGCAUUCAUUCCUACAAGGAAAAGGAGAAGAGAGCCAGCAUCAAGGAGUAGGACAGGGGAAGUGAGUGCGUGCUGCAGAGAGGUAUAAGGUAGGGGGGGGCAGAGGAAUUUAGGAGUGGAGAGUGGAGUCUCCUGCCCUCUUGCUUUUUCAGCUAGGAGGGCAGGAGACCUGAAAUGAAGGGGGAUGCAGUGAUAGAAGAUGGAAAGGGGAAAUGCUCUGGAGCUCCCAACCCAUUCAUAUUAGGUUCUCCUACCCAUGUGCUAAAUAAAGGCUGCUGCCUCGCUGAUAUAUCAAGAGAGAGAAGUAGAACACCUUAGAUGUUCCUUCUCUUAAAAAAAAACCAAAAAACCGAAGGACAGGCAGAAGAUAUCAUCCUGGUUCUUAAUAUUUCAGUACAAUUUCAGCUGCCAGUUUUAAGAUUAUGUUAAAUCAUGGGCAAGAUUAAAAGAAGUGUGCGUCUGACUUUGUUUCUACCCACCCUAAACUACAGGCACAGAUUAUAAACCCCCCAACUACAAAGAACAUGAUUUCUCUGAAGCACCAAAAUUCACUCACCCUCUUCCAGAUCGCUCCGUGAUCUCUGGAUACAAUGCUACGCUCAGCUGUGCUGUAAGAGGAAGCCCAAAGGUACACACACCUCUCUUCUCAAUAUGCAGUUAAGUGAGCGAGGGAAACAUUGGUACCCUUAGUGAGCAAAUAAUGCCAUUCUUCCAGUUGACUUGGCUGAAUAAAUUAUAUGGCUUUUGAAGCGGGGGGGGGGGAGCUUACAGCCAGGUGGACCAGAAAUGGGGUGGGUGGGGGUGAGGAGAGCUGCUAAAUAGCAGGGAGAUCUUGAAAGAGAGCAGGUGAAAUACUCUUAACUGCAGCGAGCCUAUGUGCUGAUAUUGCAAGAUUUCAGGACCAGAAGUCAGCCUAGACAUUAAUUAAUAUUAGCAGCAGCACCUGCUGCUACUAUAAUCCACCCUUCACUAUCAGGUGCCAGGCCAGGUUACAACAUUACAUGUCUAGGAAGAGCAGAGAGCCUGCACACCUUGUGUGGAGAGCAGCAGGAAAAGAACAGGGGGUGGAAUUAGAGUGGACUGCAGGAACAGCACUGAUGCAUAAUACAAAGUGGUUGGAUACAGCCAAUGAAAAAGUCUUGUGGCAUCUGUUGACUGAAGAGGGCUAAUAGGAAGAGGACUUUCAUGCUGAUGGACUCCCCUCCCCUUUCUGAGGCAUUGGUGGGCCUGAACCAGCUCCUCAGCAGAUCCCCAGGUCUUCUUCAGCUGCACGUUUCAAUAAUUUUUACUUUGCAAGGUGUUCCUUGGAACAAAGCUGCUCAGAUGAAACAUUUGUCUCUUACAAGGUUCAAAGAAAUGUAGGUAUUCCAGUGGUUAAAAAUAAAAUCUCUCAGUUGGUGGUACCCCUCACCCCAUGUUUCGUCUUUGCUUUUCCUAUUAUCAUAUACUUAGCCAAAAAUCUUCUGGUUCAAAAACAAAGUGGACCUUUCUGGAGAUGCCAAAUACCGCAUGUUUAGUAAGCACGGAGUGUUGACUUUGGAAAUCCGGAAGCCCAGCCCAUUUGAUGGAGGCCUCUACACUUGCAAGGCCGUGAAUGAAUGCGGUGAAGCUGAAAUAGAGUGCCGGCUGGAUGUCAGAGGUAAUGAGGAGGAUGCCACACACUCAGUACUCUAAGCUUAAGCAAAAAAAGUUUCUCCAACAUUUGAGAGGUCCCUUUAAACAACAAUAGCUAACUAGUGGGGUUCCUUUGGGGUCAAAAGACAGCUUCAAUGUUUCUUCCACGACUCGAGUAGGAAUGAAGCUGUUUCAUAAGAGUGAAUGUUGAGCACAACCAAUGCAGAGUUGACUGGAUUAGAUGCUUCCUUGCAGUUUAUUAGUCUGUCUUGGAGCCAGGUAGGUAUAUUACUCAUUGUAGAACUUUGCUUACUUAGCUUUUCAGCGUUGUUUCAUAGAAGCUUUCCUAUGCAAAUUGCAAUCCACAGAAGAGGGUUGUAGCAACCAGUAACAUGCAGAGAACAAAGCUGUGGGCGGUGUUCCCAAAAUGUAUACGGGGCUAUGUCUAUUUUCUGUGCAGAACAGGAUACAUGGAUAUGUAUUGUGUGCAUCUUCAUUCGCACUAAAGGGUUGAGGAAGACAGUAUUCAAUUAUGCUGACCCCACUCCAUUCACAUAUUAUAUAGGCCACCUUACCUGUGUCCAGUGACAUCCCAUACUGCACAAGCAAGUCAACUGCUGGAUAAAGAUGACUGCCAGGAUAAAAAAUGAUGGGUAGUGGAGUGUACAGUACUUUACCCACACACAAGGUAGAAGGUCUUCCCAUAUCUGGAGGAGCUGUUGGCUGCCCCCCAGAUUACAGAGGCCUAGCUGGCCUCAGCUAGGAUACAGCAUUUAAUGUCACCAGUCCCAUGCUGUGGAACCCUCUCCCAGCAGAGAUUCAGGAUGCACCCUCGUUUUUGACUUUCCAUCAUCUCUUGAAUACCUUUAUUCAUGAGCAUAGCCAGGAUUUUUGUUGGGGGAGCAGAACCUCAGAUUUGUAUUUUUGAUUCUGAUUCAUUUAGGGGGGCAACUGCCCCCCCCCCACUAUGCCCAUGCCUUUCUUAGCAGGGGUUCAAUUAACUAUUCACUUUAUAUAUUGUUUUUUAAUGGUGUUUUGUAUUUUGUUGCUGCAGCCUGCCUUGAUAUUUUAUAAUAUGGCAGUAUAGAAAUUCUGCUUAUAAGUAAAUAAAAACAGAGAGAUUGUGCUGUAACAGUUUUACCUAGCUAAAUCCAACAUUAUGAGAAAUGAAAUUACAGUAGUGAGUGAGCAGCACAUUGUGCUCACAGUCCUCUGGAUCAGGGACACUCAAGUUAGUAGUCAUUGUUAAGAAGAAAAUACACUUCGUCUGGUUGCAGCAUUGUCAAUUAGUAUUUCUCUUUUUGCUUUCUGCAGUUCCACAGUAGAAUUCUGAACUAAUGGCUGUCAUCGAGAUGUGGAGGCAAGUAAUUCUGUAGAAAUCAGAUGCUUCUGAAGCAGGUGGUUUAGUAGCAAAGGGAUGGAGAGUGAGAGAGAUAAAAGACCAGACACAAAACCUUCUACUCAUUUACAAAUUCUGGCUUCUGGCUCCCAGAAACACAAGCUGUACUAACCCUAUGCUUCCUAUAGGGCUCACUCUCAGGAAAGUUAGAAUGUGCCUACAGAUGCCAUUCAAUGAGGUAGAAGACUAGACUGUACUAAUUCAGAGUACAUGUAAGGCACGUUUUUAAUAUUCCCCUACACCAAAAAACAAACAAAAGCUACAUCUCUCUUCAAACAGAAAAUCCAUACAGAAGGGACAGGGCCCUGAUGUGUUAGCAUUCUGCUUACUGGGAGCUUUAUAUGUGGAAUAGUAUUCAAGAAUGGCAUUGCCCACUUGCAGUCAGUAAUGGCACCACUCUCUCCACUAUUUCAUUCUACUUUCCAUGUAGACUACGCUUUGCAGUAGUCUAAUUUAUUAGCUAAAUGAAAAUGUAGGAGUCAUGAUAUCUAUAGUAAAAAAAAGGGGGGAAGUAUUCAUUCACUGUUGAAACAUCAUACAUGCUUGCUUGCAGCACUAAAUCCUUCAUUCUGUCUUUCAGGUCAUACUGCAAAUGGAACAUAGCAGAAAUGCAGAAAAUAAGUGAAUAAAAGACAACCUGAGAUUAUCUAAGUAACUACUCGUCUUUCAGUGUCUCAUUUAUCAAGUGUGCAAUGGGGAAAAGAGAAUAUAUUGUUGCCAAGCAAACCAGGCAAACCUUGCAAUACAAAAUUCUUAAUUCUGCUUAGUUAAAAAAUUCUCAACAGCCUGUUGUAGACCAUCACAUGUGCACAUGGAAUGCACCAGAACAUCCUUCUCCACUAAUCCCAAAUGGAGGAGCCCUAGCACACACACUUUGUGCACACAGCUUUGAGUUUAGAGAGACACUCUCGUGGAUAAGGCAGCACUUUGCAAGGAGCCUCCUCCAGGAUAGUCACUUAUUCAGCAACAACUGAAUACCUGUGGUAGUAGAAGCAUCAGCAUCCUCAAAAGCACCACACUUAAUGUCUGAAUUAAAAGACUUAAAUAAUCAGUACCCUUGAUUUCCACUCACAAUCCCUUUUUGAGAGUUUCUGGUUGUGUUAUGCAGGUUAAUUUUUUCUUUGGUAGCAUAAUAUGCCAAACAUAAUUGUAUCAUUACCUAUUGUUAUUCAUUUAAGUUAAGCAUUAUAGUUUAAUACAGUGAAACAAAUAAAAUCCACAGUGGUUUCUUUCU